CCGGAACAGGCGUGCUGUUGCUGUCUUGACUGCGUUUGAGAGGCGCGCGUUGACAGCAGCAGCACACGAGCAGGGAGAGCGCGAUGGAGCUGGAAUCAGCUAGGAGCGAAAAUGUGAAGGUGGCAUCCGACUGAGCAGCAUUGUGUUGUGACUGACGCCUGUUUAUCUCUGAGAGUGAAAGAACACCACCGACAUUCACACCUAACAACAACAACCUGAGCUUUAUUUGGAAUUUAUUAUCACUGGAUUUACCCUCGCUUUAAUUUUCUUCUGUUUUGUAUAUCUCUAGUCCUGGCUCUCUCCACCUUGUUAUAUAUUUGACUGGGAGCAGCGUUGCGGAGAGUGAGGAGCAUCCUUUUUUUUUUAAUUUUCUCUCUGGAUAUUCAUUUUUAAUGACACCAUUUGGAUGGAGUAAAGUGUUCCGUGUGAAGAUUUAUGGGAUUAUUUUCGACGAGGACGCUUUGUUGUAGAUAAGAGCACAUUGGGCAUCAUGAGUUCCAGUGGUAAGUCCUUUCUUGAGCGCUUUAUCUCUGCACUUGACACACGAGGACAAUACCUAUAGGUGAGAGGAGCAGAGGGAAAAACUGAACUACCAUCCAACCUUAAUAAGCCCCUAUCUGGUGAAAAAGACUAGGAGAAGUGCCCACUAAAUAAGGCUGAAAUAAAUAAAAAAAUAUAAGUUUAUAUCUUAAUUAAACAGCUUUCAUGUAAAUGCAGUCGUAAUAUAAUCAGAAAGAUAGUUUGUAAACAGUUGUCUCCCAGCUCUAAGAAUAGGCUAAAGCAUGUUUAAAGAGGAUGGGUGAGCUAAUUAUACUGUAUGUAGAGGUCAAGGAAGCAUUUGCCCUGAGUUCAUCCUUUCAGGAGCAUUUUCCUCAUUCUUCAUUCACAUACCAGCUGUUGCUCAUCCACUUCACAAGUCUUCUUCUCUCCUGUCUUCUUCUCCUUUUCUUUCAUCUUCUCUUCUUCUUUAUCCUCACAACUCCAACACAUCCACGACUACUUCUUUUGCUCUUGGUAGACCACCCAAGCUUGCAGCUGUUGCCCGCCCCCCCUGCAUAAAACUCCACCUGUCUUCUUAUGCCAGGAAACCCCUACAGGUUUCAGAGGUUGUGUACCCUGACCGCCAGGCUGGUCUCAUGGAGUUUGGUUCAAUGCUCUCUGUCUGCAGCAUCAUGAGGAGAAAGUCUGACAGCCUGAGGGUUAGUGCCAUGUGUACAGUAGACUCAGGGCCCAGAGGCUGCUAUGAUGCUAAGCUGACCUUGUCUCAGCUGACUGUGACCCUGAUCCUCUGUCAGCUGAAUCAGAGCUUUUUCCUUUGGGGAUUGCGGGUCAGCUGUGCGUGUGAGCAUGUGCAUGCCACAGCUUUGUUUACAAGUUAGGACUGGUUGGUUCACAACGCAGACGACUUUUAAAAGAAAACUCCCCUCUUCCCCUUUAGCUGUCAGAGAGGCCUGUUGAAGUUGACAUGCACCAAGUCCUCGGUGAACUGAAGGUGUCAUGUGCUUCCUCCCCUGUCCUCCGUGUCUACAGGAGGAGUACCCGGGUAUUACUGCAUCAUUCAUAAUCCUGCCUGUCAUUGUGUGGCACUACAUUAUUCAUCCACUGCUCUUAACCCUGUGUUACCGAGCCUGUGCCUUGAAUGCCAGUUCUUAUACUGUGAUGACGUGUUGUGUUGUGUUGUGCGUGUCAGGAGGAGUGGUGUCACAGCUCCUCCUCACUGUACAGAGAAAUUAGUAGAAUUCUUUUGUUAAGCUUUAAAAUGCCCUUUCUCAGCUGACAGGGAGGGGGAGGAGCACGUGUGAGGCCAGCAUGCAGAGAGCUGUCACAACCCUUUUGUAAUAAUAUAAAGCAUGUGGCCAAACUGGAGUGAGCGGUGCAGACACACACACAUCAUCAACAACAUGUCAACUUGUGGUUUCCGUGUUGGAAGAACCUGUGUGUGUGUAUUUGUGUGUCACGGCAGACAGAUGGUGGUGUGACAUGUGUCAGUUGUCUAGCUUUAGGCACAAAAACACAGCAGGCUUCAGAGCUGAGGAAAGAACAUCUCCUUUCCUCUCCUCCUCCUUUUCUUCUCUUCUCUCCUCUCAUCCCUCCAGUCAGUCAAACAUAUGCUCCUCUCCUCUCUCGGCACUCUCAAGGUUUUCGGACAUGAAUGGGCCUGUUAGACUGGGCUGUGUGCACGCUGUUUUCCGCUGCAUUGGGUGUGAUAGCCCAGAGGCCAUCGACACACACGGAGUAAUUACACACAGCUCUGACUGUCUGUCUUCAUCUUCUGGGCCUUAUAUCUCUCAUGGUCACUGGGUUUUGUGUGUGUGUGUAUAACUUUGUGUGACUGUGUGUGUGCGGGCAGACUCCUAUUUUCUGCCUGGCUGGCGGACGAGUCAGGACUGUGGGUGUAGCAGGUUAGAUGCUGGUGGAGAGGACCUUGAUUCCUCUCACAUUCUCUUCGAAGUACAAAGAAAUAAGAAGGUUUUUGAGCUCAGCAAAGGAGUUGAUCAAAUUUGCUCCUAACAGAAAUAUCAGGCAGUCUCUGGGAUGGAGUGUUCAGAGUCUGUGUGUUUCCAGGGAGUGAUAAAACACAUGUUGAUCAAUAUACUGAUCAUUGAGCUCAGGGACCUGAGGGAUCUGCAGAGCCAUACAUCACAGGCAGCACUGACACCUCUCCCCAUCUCCCCUCUUUCUCUCUCUCUGUAGCAGAGUUCUCAAGGAUCAGACAAAAUGCAUCCUUUGAGUGGCUUAAAUUUAAGAAGGCGUCCUGGAUCUAGUGCAAAUUUUGAGUAGAACUUCUGGGUCGAAUGCUGGAUGAGUGCACAACACGAGUUACUAAAAUAUACAGUUUGUCACAAACAAAAGUCUUUCCUGUCUUUUUGAUCAAUGAAAGAUGAGGCAGAAAUUUAGUUUGGCCUUGGCUACAAAAUAGCAACAACAGCUGGUUGAAAAUGGCAUGAAAUUGACACAGGUAUUCAUUUCACCCAGAGGAGACUUAACAAAGACCUUUCAGACCUUUUAUGACUUAACUUGAAGAUGACCGUCACAGAGCACAUCAAGAAACAGACCUAUUUUUUUUACAGUGCAGCAUAAAAUUUGAACAAAUAAUAUGUUUGACUGUCAGAAGUCAGCAGGAUGAGAUUUUUUUUUUGGCAAAGACACUACUUAAGAAUGAUUAGGACAAAGCCAGGAAGAACUGCUUUGUCCACAGGGAGCACUAGAAUUGAGACAAAUCAAAGGUUCCUCAAUUAACAUCGAUUGCACAAAAAAGUAGUUCAAGGGAAAGUUGUUAGUCUUGAAGCCUUAUAAAAUAAGGGAAACACACACAACACAUAAAAGGUAUUUUCUUUUAUGAGGAUCUUACUGAACUCUCACACAUAGUCCAAUAUAAAGCAAUUAAAUGACAGUUCAGACUUGUAGGCCUGCUGAGAUUUUCCUUUAUAACAUAAAAAGGAAACAAUACCAAGUGCCAAUUAUGAGCAAUUUAACUAUGAAUUUCAGAGAUAAACAUUUGAACCAAAAACAGUUUCAUAAUUUAGAAGAACUUUGCCAAAGUUUUACUCUGUGUAUAGUUGCAGCUUCUUUUUACUGCUGCUCUGCUGUCUGCAUGAUGGACCUUUACAAGUCGGGCUGACAAAUACUUAUCAAAACAGUGGGGAGUUAUACUCACAUCCAAAAAGAGGUUAAUCUUGCACACUUACUUAAUGCCAUUAGGAUUUUUAUUGGAUCACUGCGGUUCAGCCUGUUGGUCUUUGUCAGGGGGUUAGCCUUUUAAAAGUAAAGUGAUUUGCUUUACAGUAGACUUAGUCUGCAUCCCUGUGAGCCUUGGCAUCUGUAGCUGAUUGGAAAUUUCUGAUGCUUAACUUUCAUGAUUGUUUAAAAGGCCACUCUGUGCUAAAGGUGUAAAUAUAAUGAUCAUCACAUGAAUCAUCCUCUGGGGACCAUAAAUAUAUAUGAAAAGUGGAAUUAAGCAUUUUUGUGAAUACUGGCUAUAACUGGAUACAAUGACCUUCUUGACAGACACUUUUCUUCAUGUGGGGUGAAAUUGCUUAGCUGUAGCUGUAAAACUGCACUAUACACUACCAGCUUCAAUUACAUUUUUUUUCCUUCUCUAUAGAGGGGAGGGUCUGACAGUGUGUACAUGGGGCGGGGGGCUGUAUCAUAUAUGAUUCCUGCUCUUCUGUCUCAUCUGGUGAGCAGUCUAAACCAGAGCCAAAUACAAUUUAUCACUCCUGCUGCCAGACGCUUUAGUUCAAUAACACAGAGAACAAAGGUGGGAGACAGAGAUGCACAGAUGCAAACACAGAUGCCGAGGAUGCACACAUGAAUAUUCAGCUGGGUACACAGUCAGGUACAACUGGUCUGUAUUUAACAUUAGGCGCAUGUUUUUUUUUUUUCUUAUUCAUUUGCAGCUCAGUCUUCUCUGGUUACACUUGGUUUUCAGAUUACCAAUGAAACCCUUUGUUGGAUUUAUAUUAUAGCCUGGAAUAAAACAACAUUAAGUUGUCAUUUAUCUUAAUACAGCAAGGUUUUGUUGUCCUGUUACCUGAACAAACAGAAUAAAGAGGAUAUAUUCAGUUAAAGUCUUCACAUGCUGGUUAUAUUGUAUGUUGCCUCCUCAAGGUUUCUGUCCCUGCGACCUUGGCUCCCAGUGGGAUUGAGUGAUCAUUCAGGGUGUCAGAAGCAGUCUGACCGCUGUCCUGCUUAGAGUGGCUGUAUGUUUGUGAUACCACUGGACACUGUCAUUGCUCUGAUGGAUGCUCCAGGCCAAGGUCCUGACAGAGACGAAGGGUGAUAAAGGGAGGGAGUGGGGCGGAGGGACACCUGAUCAUUGGCUGUAUUCGAUUGCUUACUGGAAGAAAAGGUGAUUGCUUGGCUGUAACAAUGUUUAUCAGCAAUUACUGUAUAUCAUUAUAGACUCUGUAUUUCUUGUUGCUCGUUGGCUAAACUACUCAUAAAUAUACAGUAAAUAUGGAAGGCCUCAACUUUUAUAGCAUAGCAUGGAUUUAGGAAAAACAAGGGAUGAGUGCAUCUGAAUUGACUGCACCCAAUCGCCAACAUUUUUUCUUUAAUAUAUUGCAGUUUCAACAAAAUUCAAACAGAAGUUUAGAAAAAAUCAUUAGGAGUUGUUCCAGAUAUCUCAGAGAAUGGCUAUCAACUGUCUAUAUGCUGAAGAUGAUGUAAACGAGCAGUGAUUUGUACAUUGUGUAGAGUUGUCCCUUUGAUUCCACAGCUGGUCAUGUGGAGGAUUGGUAAUCUUGAGGAUUUGUACAUGUGAAAGAAGAAAAUUGUCACAACUUUGAACAGUGUGGCCCUUAUCACCACUGCUUAUAUUGAAGUUACUUAGUGGCUCUCUCAAAUCUACUGCCCUUGCUCAGGUUGCAAGACAUGUGCUCCAUGUUGCCUAAUCAGGGAUGGUGAGGGCUCGGUCGUUUCUCAGGCUGCUCCCAUGUCAUUCUUUCACUGACUGUCAUGACCAGCCUGUGACAAACCCUGUUUUUGCGUGAAUGUUUACCAAGUGAGGAUGGCAGCAGGAACUAACAUUUUGGCUUCACUGGUGACAAGCAAAGAGGAAAUAUGUGGAGCUUUUUUCUGCUUCUAUUUUUAGUAAUUAAGAACUAUGAUUAUAGGACUUUGACCAACUACAGUCAAGUAACAAAUACAGCCAGGUAAUAAUUUCAACUUCUACUCUUCUUUAAAUAACAAAGCAUCACUGGGCUACAACAAAACUAAGUGUAACAUCACCUCUUUGUUGUAACAUACUAGGGAUGGGCGAUAAAUUAUUGUUUACAAAUAUUGUCAGAAAAAUCCUCCAUGAGAAAUAUUUGCCAUCUCAUGAUAAAUACAAGUUGAUGACGUAAGCGAGUUCGACGGACACGCAGCCAUAGCCCACACAGAGCAGAAUAACAAACAAACAUGGCCGAAGGUAAUGAAGAAGUUUCUGAGCAGCUGGUUACUGAACGAGGCUCCACAAGAGUUUUUCCUUCAUGGUUGGCACUUAGAUGAGCGCAAUCAGGUAUACCUGACAUCGGACAGUGGAUCUGCUGCUGUUAACUCUUCGCAAUAAGAGUUUUUAACACAUGUUGAAAAUGUUUCACAUUUGAGACUUGUUUGAUGUCAUUAGUUUUCUCCAUAGCCUACCACUUUAAACUUGUGGUUAGGUAUCUUAUUUGACUAUUUCAAUGGGUGUUCUCAAGACAAAAUAAGUCAAAAAUAUAGAUUGUAAUUAUCAUUUUUUUUAUCGGGACUUUUAUCAUUAUCACUAGAAUGGCAAAUCUUGUCAUGAUAAUUUUUUUAGCCCAUAUCGCCCACCCCUGUAACAUACCCUCAUCAGGUAAUUGAUGCUUUUCUAGUGUCAGUAUUUCUCAUCUCUUGACUGUUCAAAUGACGUUAUGGACAUUUAAAGCUGCUGUGAGGUCUGUGACGGUUUUGGCGCCCCCUGUGGACAAACUGAUAUCUCUUAUUUGAAAGUAGUGUUUUCAGGCCAAAACCACACCCUGUUGUCUUUCAACCAUGGAAUGUGUCACUCAGUGUGGGUAUUUGCCACAGAAAAGGUCAAACAAAGCUGUUUCUUCAGCCUGCUGUCAAUCAACUGGUCUGAAACCUACCUCCUCACAGCUGCUUCAGGCAUCAAAAAUUGCAACUGGAUAUAUAUAUUUUUUUAGCAUAAUGCUAAUGGCCCUGUUUGCUUCUGGUGAUUAUGAAAAGGCAUCAGUAACAGUUCCAACCCAUUUCUCACCUGGCUAAAACUACUUAUAGUGCCUUUAAAGGUCCCAUGGCAUGCCGAUUUCACACACUUAAAAUAGUCCCCUGGUGUGUAAGCAUGUCUGUGACGUCCUUCGGUCAAAAUUCGAUUUGGAUCAAUUAUUUUAGUGCUCUUUUUAUCAGCUAAAAACAGCUCCGCUCAAAAUCCUCCGUUUUGGGCCAUGUCUCUUUAAUGAAAUGAGCUGUACCUAAGCCACGUCCACUUUACACCCAUCUCUCUGGAAGGGGCUGUGGCUGUGCUCCGAUAGCCAUGUGCUAAUGUUUACACUGGCUCGGUCAUGGCUGCAAGAGGAUUGCUCGUACAACCCUACCAGUUUGAGCAAGAGUCUGACCCAGAGGGAGAGGCUCCGGAAGAAACUCUCAGCCGCGUUCAGACCAAACGCGACAUGAAGCGACCCAGCCGGGACGUCCCGUAUUUGAGCCAAAAGAGGCGCGUCCCCGCACGGGUAAAUGCUAAAGCUACAUGCUGCUCCGGAAGGGGAUUUUGUCCCCCGCCGCCGGAGUUGUCGGGGAAGAAGCGAGCGGCUAAAAUACGGGAGGAUCCGGUAAACCGGCGCGGAUCCGGUGUGUUUAUCAAAGCGUGGUGGCCGUGCUGAGGCACCGGGGGGAAUUUAGGCUAAACAGUAAGUCAAAAUAAAACGUUCACACUUACAGAUGCCACGUUUGUAGUAGGAUCACGGAUAGUUAGUCGGAUUCAUUCUUUAUCCUCAGACAUCUAGCAAAUCCAGCGUUGAACUGUCCCUCGUUGAUAAAACAGUCCUAAGUGAAAUGGUACACACAUACGUACAGAUAUUUUGGAAGUGCCGCGGGUACAUUCCCAUUAUAAAUAAAAUCCACCCAUAGAGUCCUCAAAUCCUCCUACGAGGGAGUUUUCAAAAGAGUUUUGUGCUCGUUUGUGCAGCCAACAACAGAGCAAACGCUGCCUCUUUUUCAGAUCGUACUUCCGCCAUGGUUCCAACCGGAGUAAUGCGAGAGGGCGGCCUGGAAUAAUGGCGGUGUUUUGAUAAUUUUUUGGGCAGGGCAGUGGGCGGCUCCAUGGGCAGUACCAUCAACCCGCCAGCACUGACAUGACGUCAUGUCAGUGGAGUUUUCAGAACGGUUUUGAGCACACAGUUCCUAAAUACGGAGAUAACUAAAAAACGACUGGAUGGAAUUUUUUCGAACUUGGGGGGAUUGUAGCGGUUUUCUAUCCCUGAUAUGCACCCCCCUCCCGUUAACAAAGUCAGUUUUUCAUGCCAUGGCCCCUUUCAGCAGAAAAUAACAUAUAAGUGGCUAAGUGUGACAGAAGAAUACCUUCAAAAAGACUCAAGCCAACAGUUGGUGCACAUUGCAACCUCAUUGGAAGUUUUUGAACUGAAAUAACAAAGGUAGGAUCACGACAUCAAAAACUACAUUUCAUUCUAACUAGUAAGAGCACACUGGUUAUAAAACAACACAUUUUACAUUCAUAAUUCACCUUAAGUUGCCAUUGUUCUUGAAAGUUUCUCUUUGAUUCCUUGCCUCACUCCUCAACCCGCUCACUUGUCACCACUGAUCUCCCAGCAUUCCCUGUGACGGGGCUCCCAGCGUGGUGCUCCCUGAGGCUGUUAGGUCAGGGGCAGAAAUAGCAGCAGCCUUGCAGCCUCUCAGUCCCCAGGGAUGCUGACGGCCUCUCUGACCCCGUCCCUGUUCUUAUCACCUGUCUGCCGGGGGCUGUAUUCUCCUGGGGCAAUAGCCACUGGUUAGGAGUCAGUAGAUUACACCUGUAGUCUGGCUGCUAUCAUUAGAGGAAUGACUCAACCCCUCAGCAUGGAAGAGGAUGGAGGGCGGUUUGAGAGCUCCAUAAUGGGUUUAGAUGGGGACAGCUUGGCUGCGUUCGAUGAGAAUGAACGCUCUGACACAAUUUGAUGGAGUUAUGUAAUCAUGCUUCAGCUUCUGAGGAUGGUGGUUCACCUGGACUGUCUUCUGAGGUGUAGCUUUUUAUCUUCACAUCUUCACAAUUAAUUGGGCUCCAGUUCAGAAACACAAACCGGUUGUGAAUAAGCAGGAAUCUUUGUUCUUUACCUUUCCUCUGCCUUGAACAAUGAACUCCUGUAUAAUUAAGCUUUCUUUUACGCCACUUUGGCAGGCUUCUGUGUGUGCUAGAGAUUUGUUUUGGCUCAUUUCCAGAGAGUCUGUACUGUAAAUAAAUACCCUGUAUGUUUUUCCAGUAGGCCCUGGCACAAGCUUGCAUGCACUGCCUUUAACUCACCUGAUGGGAUCACUGCUGCUAAUUUGGUUUAAUGAUAAAAGCGUGUUUUCUUUUCCAUGGCAGUCACACAAAUGUACAAUAACCUACUUUCAAGGGAGGGACAUUAUUUGAACCGGUAGCUUGGUACUUAUCAGUCAGGUUAGCAGGCCCCAGUGGUGCUGCCAGCAUUGUGAAUAAAACAAUGAACUUACAGAGACUUGAGUGUGGGAGACUGGGAGUGAGAAUAAAUCAUGAUCGCAUAUUUCCGUUGCCUACACUCCUGUCUUGAGCAGGGGAAUAAACUACAGUCAUGCAUACAUUAUCUCUUGCACCCAUAUAUAUAUAUAUAUAUUUAUGCCCUCACACUUGCUGCUGCAGCAUACACUAUGCAUACACUGUCGUUAACUUUUGAGCAUGCACACAGUGCUCAGGCUAUGAAGCGUGCAACUCUGUUGGACUUUUUAAGUGCUGCGAGUCGUUUGGGAUUCAUCCAGUGAAAUGGAAUCAGUGGGUUUGUCACGCCAGUCCAUAUGCUCUGAGUGAAGCAGGAAAGUACUUCAGUGAGCUAUUCAGGUAGGCAAGGAGUCCAGCUGGUUAGCCCCCUAUUAUACCCUCUGGAGUGUAGGGCCACUCAGAUGCUCCUUAAGGAAGAUGGAGCAAAAUGACAGACAGUGAACCCAGCUGUUCUGAUUCAGGCUUUUGACUGAGGGGGCGGUUUUCUCUGCUUGUGAAUCUGGAUCUCUGAGGAGCCUGAGAUGUCUUGUAAGAAAUAAUUUUCCCAACUUCUUCGGAUCUAAUUAAUUCAUAAUAACUUUGACCUAUACAAGUUGUGAUACAUGAGUGCCACUAACUUUAAAGCUGUAUGUGAGCACUUGCUUUCCUGACUCUGGGAAAUAGCUCUCAGCCUUUAGGAGUUUGACAUAUCAGCGUAUACAAAAUGAGGUAAGGGGAUAUUUCCACUUUCUAACCUGAUGCGGCAAAGUGUGUAUGUGCGUAUUAAUCGCGUUUGUCAGCUCGUGUGAGUGUGUGAAAAGUUGAGACAGUGGGAGAGGAAGCCUGGAGCUCACCCAGCUUACAUAGGUGUCAGACCUCACAGCUUCAGAACAAGUGCUGACAGUACUACACACUGAUCUUAUUGUGUGAACUGCACACAGUACAGCUGAGGGUGCAGUCUGAGACCCAGAUCUGGUGAUUGAUAGCUGCAAACAUUUGAGAAACUAUUCAAUAGCACAAAGCAGUUUUGUUAAGCACCAUGCUGAAAAUUGUUAUGAUUUUAAAAUGAAACAAUUACUUAAUGUCAGCAAAGCAGAAGAGACGUGUGCUGUGCUCAGAGAUCCUAGUGGUUUUGUUUGUAGGGGUCCAAUCUAUCGGUUCAAUAACAGCUAACUUUAGAAUAGCUUCAUAUCUUAGGUUUCAGGCUACAUGAAUAAACCAAUAGACCUCUAGUGUAAGAAAACAGUGUGAUAUCUUUUGGUGGGCAGGUCUUAGCCGGAGGCUAAACAGUACUGUAGAAACAUCAACCAGCUCUACCUAGCAUGCUGUUUUUGACAAUGGCGAGGUCAUUUAGUGUCUGGAGCUGAGAGUGCUACUUUAACAUGUUAACCUUGACAGACAAGCACACUGGCCAAACAGUGAGCUCAUUGAAUGGAUAAUUGGACAGCACUGCCAAAGGGUAAUGGCCAAACAUUUACACACACCUGUAAGUAAAAACCAAGUGUGUAAAGACAAGCUAUGGGUGCAGAAAUUAUGAGAUGACUCAAUGCUUAUGGUUACUACUACUACGACUGUAGUAAGGAAGCUAACUCUUACAGUCCAUGUGCCAAAGAUGCUACAGAGAAAUCCCAUAUUUCUCCCAAUGCCUCCCUAAUUUUUGAUUCGAUGGUGAUAAUAACUUUGAACAAACAUAAUGUCAUCCACACAACUGUAAAUGUGUACUUUCUUAGAUUUCACUUUACUUGCAAGCAUUUUUGUCAUCCGUUUAUCUUAUUGCAAUAAAAGUCAUCUUCAUCCUUGUUUAUGAACAGUGUCAGCUGGUAGAGGUAGAAUAUCACAUUUGAGAUAUCACAUAUUUUAUUCAUUUCUGGUACCAAACAAAACAAGAAGAUAACAUUUUGAGCCCCCUUUUUCGCCACUGCCCUAUGGUGGGAACAUGUGUCCGCCUCCAUGUGUGUCCGCCUGCCGUCAAUACUGUGACAUCACAAUGAAAUUGGCCUGAUGGCCUGUAUUGAUUAAUUUGGUUUGUGCUCUGGUUAUCCUAGCUGAAGCUGUUUUCGUAGCAGUGUGCCAAAUGUUAAAUUUUCUAUCCUGCAACAUUAACAAUCUAACUCAAUAGAUAAUACCGAUUAGUGCCUAAUUUUAGCCUUAACUGGUUGUUUGAACUCUAGCAUUAUAGACUUUAGCUUGAAAAGGUCGAGUUGAACAUACAAAUACUAUACUAAUUUGUUUUGUUUGUUUCUUGCAGCUCAUCACCAAGGCUCGUCAAGUGGUGAACGAGGCUCUGGACCAAUCCGGUGCCAGCGAUGUCGAGAAGUAUGCAAAGGAGAGGUGGUCAGAGUCCAAGAAACCCAUUUUCACGUCAAGUGUUUCACCUGCACCGGUAAGACCUGAAAACUGGAUCCGUACUACACAAUACAGCAGGUGUAGGGACAAACAAACAGCCAAAGUUGUUUUGCGAAGUCUCAGGGUGUAAGUGGUCCAUGUCACAACAGUUUUAAAGUUAAACAAGGUAGGACUUACAGGAGUAGACGUGAGACGAGUCAAUCAUCUUGGCCACUGCACUCAGUACUCUUACCUACACACUCACACACACACCGACUAAUACACACUGUGUCCCCUCCUUCAUCUACCUCAGAGUGCACAUGCUGAGUGCUACUAUUAGCCUACGGAGGGGAUUGGAGCGGAUCAGAGACGGUGCCUUGCAGGGAACUAGGCCCCUGCUAAGGUAGCUUGUUAUUGCACUGCCAACUUGGAGAGGAUUUUCCCUCGGUUGUACGCUGCGGUCUAAUGAGACUAACUCAACCAGCUUUGCCAUGCUACAAGUAAGCACUGCUGACCUGAAAAGAUACAGUAGUGACAUAACCUCUGAUCCUCUUGGAACACAAACAGUGAGGCAUGUGGAUCUGUUUAUGAUAUUUUUGUUUUGUUUGCUUUUAAAGCACUUAGUUGUGUUUUUUUUUUUUUUAUAUUUAAUCUUUGAUACUGCUCAGCUGUCUGUUUAAAGGGACCACAGACUAGCCACAGAUGUAUGACUCAGAAUAUUUGACAAAAUGUGGGUAAUUUAGUCUAAUUAGCUGUAGAUGUAGGAAUUUAUAUAGUCUAAGAGACUGAGAGAAAAAAAAGGGUAAAAUGGCAAAUGUUGUGCUUUAAUAUCUACUAGAAACUGGUUUCGUACAUGAAACCUAAAAGCUUAUGAUCUGUGUAAUGGGAUGUUUUUGUUUAUAGCUUAACCAGAUUACAAAAUCAUCCUCUCCAGAAAAAAAAAGACCCAAAGCUUUUUUAAGCACGAUGGUGACAAGUUAAACUGAGGGCACUUUUGCAGACUGAAAGGGAACCAAAGGGAGCUUAUAAAAUCCAAAUAUCAGUGCAUGUGCAAAUUAAAUCAAAGAAGCAGGGAUUGCUUUUUGUCAUGCUGCUGUACAGCCUAAAGCUAGCCUACUCAGUAAUCUGUUAAUAAAGCCAUCUUUCGUACCGUCAUGAUUUCCUUUGUUCAUUUGCAGAUUACUGUGGAAGAUGCAGCAGAUAGACAGUGCACAACAGUCUCAUUAAUUCCUGUUGAAUUUAGAAAUUAUCAAACACUUUUUAAAAUCAAUUAUCUCUCUCUGUGUACACAAGCAUCAUUACUUAGCAUUUAACCUCAUAUAGUGGUAAUUAAUCCUCAAUAGUCAAGGCAAAAUCACUGACAAUGAAAUGAGCCAUAUCAAGUCAUCCUUAAUAGAGGAGCCCAGCAUGUCUCACCUGUGUCUGUUAAAACUGUGGUAAAUAAUGUUCAUUUUUGUUUGUGUUCUUAAUAGAAAAGCUAAAAAACAUGGAGGAUAUUUUGAUACUGGACCCUGUCCUGUAAUCCUGGCAAUGACAGCAGAGCUGGUAAAAAGUUUGUGAUUGGUGCAAACUAACCUAAACCAUAAGCUUUAGCAGUAAUAUCAACAGUGUUGGAAGUGGGGACAUGUGCCUCAUUCUUAUCAAAUCUGUGUCACCUGCAAGGACAACUGAUUGAGGACAGAAGUCUCCUGCUCACCUUGUCCUUUAUUACGAUUAAUAAAAAUGUUUAGUUUUCUAUAAUUUAUAAAAUAGAAGUAGGCAAAUGUUUUACUGGCAGCUGAAUCAAAAAAUCAUGAUCCACACAAUCAGGGGAAUUGAUCUUUAAAGAUGUUUUCAAAUUAAAAAAUUCUUAAUAUAAUCUUAGAUUCAAUUAUUUGGUGUCAACAGGUGGUAAUGCAAAUGCACCCUGAAUGCAGCAGGGUCUUGCUCACCCUGGUAGGAUUUUAUUACAUAUAACCACCUGUUCACUGCACAGUAUCUCAUACAUAACCCUCCUUAGUGGUCUUACCUGACUCAUGAAAGGGUUUCAGCCCACUGGCUUUACAUGACAUAUUCAAACAUGCUUUUGUUCCAUGAAAAUAUUUGUCUGUUUGUUUCUGUUAAUAUUACGUUUAGAAAUUAUUGGCAUGAGUUUGGUCUUGAUUAAAUUUCCACUGCAAGAGGCAGAAAGCUUUUGUUUAUACUGUAUACUCCAGAGGGCAUGAUUUCUUAUGUAUUUUGAUUUACUUUAUAUUUGAACAAAUCUCUUUAUUAUGAGACAAAUUUCACCCUGUUUAUUCCUGUUUUCACUGUGGACAUCUUCCUAACUUCUGUUUUUUUUUCCAUUGUAUUUCAAUUACAUAGUUAACAUAUUUUGUGCAUUAAGAAAGUGAAAUAUUUCUGCGCCACUUGCAGUUGCUUUUUUUAAACUUGUUUCAGAAAAACUUUUCAUAUCCUGCCCAUUGCCAAAAAAAAUGACUCAGUCUGAUGUACGUUUUUACAGCCCAAACUUUCCCUGGCAACCCUUCAAAGCUGCAUUUUAUAUAAGUCUGGUCUCCAGUUGCUGUUGUCAGGGAAAAGAAGCUGAGUUUGUUGUGUUUGUUGCUGUUUGAGCUGCACAAAUGUCUCUCCAGUAGACAAAUUCACUGAAGGCUAUUCAUUGAAGGCUUGCUGUUGCAUGUUCUAAACAUGUAGCCAUCACACACAUGACAACACAUGUUUACAGUGCACGUAUGCAUGUAUGUACACAUGCACUUGGGCAUACAACCGUGCACAACCAUACAUGUGUGCACGCUCACAGUGGUUGUGAUGGGUUGCUGUGGCAACGGUGUGAAGGGGCACCCAGGCCGUGGUUGGUGGAUAUUCUCAGCAUCUCUAUGGUGCUAUUAACCAAUCAGGAGGCUUUAUUCUGUGCCCCAGAGAAAAAGGGGGGUGAACACAGGAAGCAAGAAGAAAAAAAGAGAGGAAGAGGGGGGAUGGGGUGCUGUUUUUGUGUCGCCUAAACAUUACAUCAUCACUCGAGUGUAAUACCAAUCUGAUCCUCACUUACUCCUCUUCCUUUUCAUUUCCUCUUUCACUCAGAGCGGCAGUACAGUUAAUGGAAAACUGUCAUGGAUGAGCAUCAUGUUAAAUACACCUAUCAGACUGAUCCUCCCUUCUCAUGUUCCAGAGAGCUCUCCAUGUCCCAUGAGGCAGUGGGGCACGCUAUUGUGUUGCCAGACUCUGCCACAUCCCUGCCUAUAAUAUGCUGUCCUGUAAGGGCCUCUGCAUAGCCAGCAGUUUUCUAAAGCUUGUAUUGUUCAUGUGUAACCUGGCUUAAACUCAAACAUGUUGCAUGUUUUUUUCAACUUCACAUACUAUCCUCUGUUGUCUGUGUUUCCAUUCUCUGCUUUAAAUUAGCUCCCCUGUAUAUUUUCAGAGGCUGAAUGGUUUCAGGAUUUAAGUUGUAUUUCUGUUUCUCUUUCUCCUCUUGAUCAUUUCCCUCCGUCUCUUUCUUUCCCCCUUUCUCUCCUGAUGACAGUCACCCAAGCAUGAAAUCAAUUUCUCAUCUGGGACAGGAUGGCAUUGGCAUGCCGGGCGUGCGAUUUGGAGGCUAAUGGCUAAACUGUAUUGUUCCAACACGCCAGAGUGACAAUCCGCCACCAGCAGCCAAUUGCCUUAUCUGCCGAAUAUGUUUAUGAACUCUGACUUGGGCAUAUUUCAACAUUUGAUUGAACUCUUUGCUGGGAAAAUUAGUGCGUGAACCCAGGUUAUUGACCCUGACCAAUGGUAUUUUCUGCGCCUUAGAAUGAUCACUUCCAACGCAAAAACCAUGACAAAAAAUCUUGGUAAUUUCAUCAUUUUUUUCCCUUGAUGCUUUUCUUUUCCCUCGUUAUUUCGGUCUCCUUUUUUUCCUCAAUAGGGCUGAGUCUGCCCCAUGAGGGAAAACAUACAUCCAUACGGUCCUUCACUUUAUCCUACCACAUUUUAUAAACCACAAUACUCUCUGGAAGCUGCCUUAUCAUAAUUCCUCUCUCAUGCAUUAGCCGAAAGAUGAUUGGAUCACUAAUCAUGUGCAUUUAACCUCUAAUCUGAACCUAUUAUACAGCAGCUGAUUAUAGCAUGAAGGAGCAGCCAUGUAAUCAGCCAAAGAAAGAAGUGUGUGGAAAAUGCUGAAGACAGAAGCCGGCUCAAAGAUUGAUGCAUCAACUCCAGACAGAGAGAGGGGAGUGGGUGAAUGUGUGGAUGAUGUGGAUCCUGUAUCACUUUUCUCCAUACUGUAUGGAUGAUGUGGUGUUGUAUUACCAGCAGACGGGCUGACUCGUGCAUACUGGCCUAAUGACAUAGUGACCACAUUUACCCCACUCUGAAGCGUAAUUGGCACUCUUAGAUUCCAACAGAAACAGCGGGGCCUGUCAGUGGCACGAGCACAAGGAUAACACACACAUAAAUCACAUGCAAAGGAGGCUAAAUGUGUUAGUGUUUCCCCAUGUAGCCAACACACAUAAAGGCACAGAAGCGCGGUGCAAAUAUACAAGCGCAGACGGAGACAGAUGCAAACACUCACACAUUCGCACAUAAACUGCCAGGCUGCUCCCAGUAGUUAUUUAUUUUCCUGGACAAAACAGAUUUUCCUCAUAAAACAGCGCUAAAGGGAAUAACAGCUUUACACAGACAGGUCAGACAAAUACUUGACUGCUCUGCUAACGUUUCAUUUCCAGCCGCUGUUCUCACCAGGGCUCUCGGAAAAUCCCUGCUUUUUUGUCUUUUUUUCUCUGCAGGCUUGUUUCAGUCAGUUCAGCCUCCCUUUGGAUGCCAUUAGCCCUAUCACUCAACCUCUGUGCUAAUAACAUCAACUCACUGUAGUGUGCAGCCAUACAGCUCUCUAAGGUUGAGGUCGAGGCGGAGAUACAGACACGAACAGUGAAAGGAGGAAAGACAAAUAGCGCCAGGAAUGAAGGGAAAAACAAAGAAAGGUUAUGAGGAGAAACUGAAAAAGAGACAGCACAGGAAAAAAAAAAAGUGGGGGGUUACUGAGAAAGGGGAGCUUCCUGUAGCUAUAGCAACCACUGGUACGCUGGUCCAAUCACCACGCCAAUGCUUGGUUGCUAGGGAGAGAAUCCGGCAGAGAAGGGAAAGCAGCGGCGCUUUCCCCCAGACGACUCUCCAGGAUCCGGGAUAGAUGACAGGGAUUAUUCCUCCGCGUGUCUCUCCAAAGUGUCACCUUCUAAGGGGAUUUCCAGAGCGACGCCUUGCUUAUUGUCUUAGGGUGUGUGUGUAUCUGUGUGAAAAUUGUGUCUAUGUGUGAACUACACCGAGGUAGAGCUGCUGAAGUGUGCAAGUGCCUAGCUCAGCGAAGGAGUGAUUCCUACACGAUAAAGAGGAUCAUUAAGCAGCUAUUAUGACAGUAUUUGAGGAAAAUACACAGCACUACCACUGUAUGUGCAGACUGAUCUUUAAAGACUGUAUUUAUACUGAUUCUAAGCGCCCAUCUCUGACAGUUUGGUUAUCCCUCUGUGAUCCCGUUUAUGCCUCUUUUCCCCUCAACUGAGCGUCUUAUCAGCCCUUGGAGGGUUAAAAGCUGAAGGCCUCAGCAGCAGGACUGGUCUGCUGGUAUGAAGGGACUCCGCUGGGCAACCAUCUGUCUCCAUCAGCAGCCACAGCCAAAUUCUAAGGGAACCCUGUCACUCAUGCAUGAUUUCUCUCUGCUUUAGCCUUCAGCUGUCCCCUCCUCUUCCCUCGCUCUUUUUCUCUCUUCUCCUGCCCUUUUCCAUAACCGCUUCUCCUUCUGUUUUCUGUUAGGGUUUUUCUUUUGUCGCCACGUUAGCAGUUUUACUUUAGGCCUGGCAAUUUUGGUCAGUGAGUUCAAUCUAAAAUAGCUUUAAAACUAUAAAACCAUAUGGACUGCUCAGUCAUUUGAUGUGCUAAUACUCAUGUUCACCACAGGAUAUAUUCUGCUGGUAGACUCUGAUAUUCAGUGUCUCCAUUGGAUGGAUCACGGUGACACAGAUGCUUUGUUUUUUUAGGUGUGAAAAGCAGGUCAAAGGUUUUUCUUGGUUAUCAAACAUUAUUGAUCCCCUCAUACAACCAUCCUGUUGGAAGUAAGGUAUAGAGGAAUCCAUCUUUGCAAUAAUUUUAGGGCACUGUGCUACAACAAGAACUGUCAGUCAUGUUCCUCAGUGGAUAAAUUAUACAGGUAGACCAUUUCUUCCUCUUCAGCUACUAAGGCACUGAUGUGUUUAGUUUUUAGCUCCUUGCAAAUAGCCUAACACUACGUAGCUGAUUAGAUAGGGUGACCAUACGUCCUCUUUUACCCAGACAUGCCCUGUUUUUGGGGGCUGUCCGGCCCUUUAAAUGUCUGGGGUUUUGUAUGGAAGUUUUGAGUUUGUGUCGCAUGGACUUACUAACAACACUCGAUCCAACCUGAAACACUCUUAAAAUUAGCUUUGUGCGACUCUGUGCCUAGUCCCCACGUAGUUGUGUCCUGGAAUUCAGAAUAUGGUCACCCUAGAUUAGAAAGAAGUUGUUACUGAUAUCCAAUGUCUCUGGAGGAUAGAUCACAAUGACUUGGAUGCUUUGUUUUGGGGUAGAAGUUUUUCUUGGUUGUUUAACAUCAGUGAACCAUUCAUAAAGCCAGAAAUUCAUCUCAGGAACUAUUGAAGGGCCUGUUGUGAUGUCAAAAACCAUGUCCAAUAACCAUUUUCCUGAGAGAAUAGAUUCUCAGUGGACUGAUUGUUAGUUUGCAGCUAUAAAAAACCCAUCUAUGUAAUUAAUUUGACUAAGAUGUAUUAUUAAUAUUCAUUUCCUAUAUAUUUUCCCAUAGUUCCACCCAGUUUUGUUUUUAGAGUAAUUAGGGCCUUUUGACCCCAAACUGCCAAGAAAACCUUUAAAUGCAAAGACAAACUGACUGUCCCCAUAUGAGGACACCACUUUUGCAAAAACCACUUCCUGUACAAAGACAAGUUUAGUUAUUCUACUUAUUUGGUAGCUAUUUGCUACUAAAUAAGUUAUUAUACUUAUUUAGUAGCCAGCUAUUUGGUACUAACUCCAAAUAGCUAGGAGAAAUGGAAAAUGCACACCGAACAAAAGCUUGAGUCUCAGGAGAUUAGGAAAUGACAGUUCCAGCAAUGUGUGCGUUAUAGUGGCUACCUCUAUUUCUAUGCCUUUAUCAACAUAAAUUUGUUUAUGACCUAACUAAAUGACAUUCCCUUUCUCAGAAUUACUCAGUGCUGUUGAAAUUAUACUUGCAUGCAAAUGUGCACAAAAUACCAUCCCUGAGUACGGCCUCACAAAGCUGCUAGUGUGGCUGUAGACUUCUGUUUGCUCCUCUUCCUGUCUUUCCGACCGCCUCCUCUUUCACCCAGUGAUUUGGCAAGACUUGAGAAAACACAUUAUUUACUCUUGAAGUGUUUCCUCCUGUCAGAGGGGCUCUGAUCCAAGGGGACGGGGAGGGCAGAGGAGCCUGGGCCCCACGUUGGGAGCACAGAUGUAGGGGUGAAUAGGUGAUUACAUCCCCUGUUAGAGCUUGAGCCAUAGAUGCCUCUCUCUGCUCAACUUUGUCUGUUUCUUAUAAUUAGAAAAAGACUGGCAUUAGCGUAAUGUGGACAGCAGCAGUAAAACAAUAAAAAUGUGCAGGAGGUUGCUUUGAUGUACUGUACAAAGCAUGUCCAUUUCCUUAAUGGCACGUUAUGAAGGCCUAUCAGUUGCAUAAUGAGCUCAGAGGAGAGCCACAUUAAGAGAAAGGGGAAGGUUGCAGACUUGUGAGAAAAAAGGUGCAAAUUGAGAUGAAGUGGAGACCUUGUGCCCAGAGCCACAAAGAUUUGGAAGCUGUCUUGAAACGAAAAGACAGAGAAAGAGAAGGGGAGGAGGCAGGGGGUGGUGUCUGCACUAUUUCGGGGUUCCGGCCCAGGCCGACUUUGAGAAGGGAAUUUUAAUUGCGUCUGUUGGCUGGAGAUAAAUACCUAAUCAUGCAGACCCCCUGUGGGUGCCUAAUCAGUGCUGUUCUAAUGACCACAGCUGCAGAGACUUGCACAUGCUAACCUCCAAUCACUGGACUUAUGAUCUUUUGAUGCAAACUUCUUGGGUUGCCAAAAAGGAUAAAUAUGAAUGAGAGAAGAGGCAUCUUCUGGUAACCCUCAUUAGAGCCCAAUUCACAGAAAAGAUCAUGAAAUGAGCAAAUAGAUGAAAGAAAGUCUUGGGUUUAGUUUAGCCUUGCAAAGCUGAUUAUGUUGGUUUAGCAAAUUGACAGUAAAUCGGACUAUGUCACUAUGAUAUAAUAUGGAGUAACUGCAUUUUAAAAAUAGGCACUAUAUGUACUAAAAAAUGAUUUUACUUCUAAUUUGAUACAACAGACUUUAACCCUUCAAAGACAUUAAAACAGACCACUGCUGUUUUUAUGGGUGUCCACAGCAUGUGGUACCGGUUUGAGGUUGUUACCAAAGCCUAUCUGCUCAGAGUCAAACUAAACCAUGCAGCAGCAGACACACCAAACUGUGACCCAGCUCCACCCACUUUACAUCUGACUGCAAAAUGUGGAGGGAAUAGGUUGGUUACAGCUGAAAGGGAAAAUUAAAGAGUUGAGCUCACACUUGCAAGGAAUCUGCAAAAGGGGGUACUUUAUAGGAAUUAACCUUUAUUUUAAAGACCUAAUAGUUGUUUUUUUGUCUGCACAUGCAUUGAUGGUGCAUAUAACAUUAGCUGUAUCCCCUUAAACUUAACACAUUACAGUGCAUGAUAGCAUACUGCGCUGUGAGAUUAUAUUUUCUUUAUACUUAAGAGGCUGUCACUAGCUUCAAGGAUAAAUUAAUCAUUCACUGUUGUAAACUUUCUGAAUUUGGUGCAAAUUAUGACUGAGCCUAUAGGGUGGCAAACAUCUUUGCCGUCAGAGCAGAUUUGAGACUGGUUUCAAGUCACGGUUUCUUCACAGAUAACAUUUUGUUUUUAGAGCUGCCAGUUCACUCACCAAAGAAAACAAAGUGCCACCAGCAACACCACAUCACUCAGUCUGGGGACCUGGCUGUCUCUAGGGCAACCGUGGAAGGUUUACGUCUCCUAUGGCAACUGAGGAAGGGGGACGUCCUUUACGAUGAAUCUAACCAAUCGUCCAGUCUGAAGAAAACAAUAUGAUUAGCUGGAACAGGUGAACCAUCCAGCCAGCCUGUCCAAUCCAAUUCGAGCAGAGCCAGUCUGCCUGCUGUGAUUUGGUCAGGAGUCUGUAUACUAAUGAGGUGCAUUAGGCUAAUUGAGCAGAUUCCAGUAAUUUGAAAAUCAAUCUGGGUGCAGAUUGAAAAGUAAGUCAUUUUGAAAAAGACAGUGACAGAGUGGAGUGGGGGAAAGGGUGGAAGAAAAAAGGAGAGAGAAAAUUAUAGAGCAGGUUUUUAGUUUUUUGGAGAGUUGAUUCAUUUUUAUCAAAUACGUGCACUUAUUUGUGUUUUGUUUUCUUUGCAGAAGGCUGAGUAAAUGUGGAAAUAUUUACUCUUUCAUUUUGCCUUUCCAUGAAGGCAUCAGAUAGCCUGUGAUUUGGGUUUCUGGUCAGGGUUAGUCUGGUUUUUAAGGAAGCAGGGACACUUUUUGAUGCUGUGUGCCAUUGUGCAGCGGUUCUGGAAAUGUGGUCUGCACAUGCACAUGUACUCACACAUACAUGCACACACAUUUUUAUCAAACAUAUAUUUUUAAGUCUUAGCUAUGAUUCUCCCAUCAUGCAUCUUCCCGUCCUGUGCACUUUUGCAGCUGCCGUGAUGCCAAUGAUCUGUCGCAAUGAUAAAGAUCCAUCAUCACAUCUCAGCAUACAUACUGUCCCAUUUCAUAAACUCAACUCUGAACACACACUCUCACACACACACUCACACACACACAGUGCCAUCUCAUCGGGGAUGGAUUUAUGUGUUUCCAUCCUCCUGUGGGAGCUGAGAUUGUUUUGUUUUUAAGUGAGGGCCCAUUGAUCUUUUAUUACACCAUUAAGUCAAUACGCUGCACUCAUAAACAGCUUGAGAUUAAAUGAGCCCCUUUGAAGGGUUUAUGUGUGUGUGUGUGUGUGUGUGUGUGUGUGUGUGUGUGUGUGUGUGUGUGUGUGUGUGUGUCUGUGAACCCUCAGUCUGCCAGAAGCCACUGAAAACCAGUGGCUCUAAGGAGACAAAUAGCAGCAACUUCAGACUGUAUAGCAUGGCUUGGAUGAAGCCAUUAAUCAACAGAAAGAUGCUAUUGGAGGUGCCUUGUCCCACCACAAGCAAAAUGAUGUUUUUUAUGACAGAAAUUUUGAUUGUUUUAUUUACUUGGUUUACUCAUUGUAGAAAAAAAUGUGUUGUAAGCAGUUUUUUUUUUAGCAUUGCUUGUCAUUCUUAAUAUUUUUGGGGUCGUUACAGGCUGUGAUUUUAUCAUAAAUCAUGUUUCCAAUAUUACAUGCUGAGAUUAGGGUCAAUCUUUAUUUAUAUAGCAUCAUUUCACUACAAGUUUUAUCUCAAGACACUUGACAGAAAGACCAUAUUUAAUCUACAUAGACCCAAUGUAAAGGUGGGAUAAGAUUGAUCCACAUUUAGUGAGAUCAGACCCACUCCCAUCCUGUCUUCAACUGCAUGAGUGUGACACUUUGCAGCAUUUAGAGAGUUACAGUGAAGAGGAAAAACUUCCUUUCAACGCCAGUGUAUUAGGUUCAGAGAGGGGAUAGAGGGAGAUACAGAAAGAGAGAGAUGGAGGUUGAUGCACAUAGACAGAAGGAGGAUGGAGAAUCAGUACUAUCAGGUAAUCUGCUUGUUUCAGCAAAAAAGACUACAAGUUUUGUUUACUAUUUUUAAAGCUUUGCAUUUGACAUUAUACAGUAGUUCGGCUUAAACUAGCUUAGAUAUACUGCUCUAAAAAAUUUGGAUUUUGAGACCCACAAAUAGCCUCAUCUUGAAUGACAUUUGAUAUUGAAAGCUUUAUGAGGUACUUUUUUAUUCUAAUGUAACAGACUGAAAUUAAUAUUUAGGUCUUUUUAUAUCAUCUAAAAGUAAGGAAGACUAUCAGCAACAUAAUUGAUGAAUUUAAUAAUGUGAUUUUUAAUGCCCAAGGAGGUAGCUGUCAGCAGAGCAGCUGAAGAAACAGCCCAUUUAAUAUUCAACAUAAAAUAUUCACAAUAAGUAAUACAUUUUACUGUCAGAGGUCAGCAGGAUGAGAUGUGGUAUAAGAAGACACACCAUGAUUAUGUAUAGGACACGAUAAGCAAAGACUGCUUUGUCCACAGGGGGAACCAUUAUUUACACAAUCUGAAAGUUUCCCAUGGGAGCUUUAAAUCAGCUUCAAGGCUCAUUAUGCUUUCCUUACAUGUUAAAAAAAAUUCAGACAUUUAAAACAAAAAAAUCUGUCACUACCCACAUACUUCUGCACUUCUGCUUUGCCGGUAUUAAUCUGACUUUCAAGUUCCCACCUAUUUGUCUCCAAACUGCUCUGUUGUUGUCGUAGUUACCUGUGCUCAAGCAGGGAGGCAUCAUAUUAACCACAUUUUUAUGGUUUAAUCUAAAUGUCUGUCCCCUUUCCAAGGUGUCCUUCCUCUUUGUUUCUGUCUCAAAUGGUUAGCUUUACUGCUCAACACUGCCCUCAUGAUUUCUAGCAGUAUUGCAACAUUUAAGCCUCUCUUACCAUUUCUAAGAGCCAUGCUAGCUGUUCCUGUUGUGUUUCCAGUUUUGAUGCGCUCAUGUGUCCAAGCCAUUAAGCCAUUACGGGGUGUAACUUUGUUCUAUAACUGUAGCUGCAGGAGUAUAGAGGCAGUGGAUUCGCCAUCGGAUUGAAGUCAUACUGUCAGAAGGUCUUAAGGGGAUAUUCCAGCAUCAAAUUAAUUUAGGGUCAAACACACUAUGACCCGCUUGCCUCUACUUCUUCUUCUACUAACAUAAGUAACAACUGCACAAUAGCAAUACACAGCGGUCUACGUCUCCACGCGCAAACCUCAACCAAAACGCCACUCUGUAGCCACAAAUAAUGCUCAGAACAGCACCUAACUUCAUCAACAGUACAUAUAGGGUCCCAGCCAUAGUACUAGCCACCAAAUAUCUUUUUCACUUUGCCGGAUUUCUUUAGCAAAGAGGCUAAACACAACUCACCUACUCUCUUCCAGCAGCUGCUUGUUUGUUGCAAGACCUCGACCAGUCCAUCAUCGACUGCAGUGGGGUAACGCAGCUCAAGGAAGAACAUUUAUGAUAUUUCUUCAUGGAAAUAAAAUCAAAACCGAGACGCUAAGGCAGAAGAACUACCGUGUCUGCAGUGCAAAAUGAUUAAUAUGAUGAUUAUUACUUCAAGGAAAUGAUAAAGAAAUGAUCAUUAAUUACUUUAAAUAUCUCUUUAAGAAAUUCUGACGUUUCUUUUGUAUGCCGCUUUGGAUAGAAUGCUGCUAAAUGACAUUGUAACAUUGUAAGUUUCUUAAAGUAGACUUAAAAAAAAAAGGUUUGGUAAACUGCAGCCUUCAAAAGCCAUGUGUUUGUUAUAGGUCACAGAAUAUUUUCCAGCUACAAUAGCUGUCAUCUCUUCCUUUUGGUAAACCACAAAGUCUGGGAGAAACCAGAGACCAGCAACCACACUGACUGCUGAUCUGUGAAAACACCUCCUAGCUAUACUGUUACACCCACUGGAAUUCUCCUGGUUACAUUGCACAGUGCUGUUGCACAGAUUGUCUGUGCAGAACAAUCUGACACACACCGACACAAAAUCUGAGCAUUCACCUUGUGCAUACACAGCAAAUGAUUUCCGUCUCUUUUCCAUUGGUAUUUAAUAAGUCUGUUGUCGAUUUUCUGAUGAUGCUGGGAACUUGCGGUGUGUUUUUUUUUGGUCUCCGUUUUCACAUUGUUGAGCACAGAAUGACUUUUCCUCUGAUUAUAUCAUUAUAUUCCCAUCAAAACAAAUUGGCUUACCACUGUCUGGAGCUGAAUAACUUCCUUAGCAGUCAUGCGUGAAGACAUACACUCACACAUACACACAAACAAGCACAUGUGCACACAUAAACAGAUAUAAUAGACCGGAAAAAAACCCAAACAGAGCGAAACAGAAAAGCAGUCCUUUCUGGCUCGCUUGUUAUUUGAUUUCAUUUUAGCAAUAAUGUCAGAAAAUAGAAACCACAGUAUUAUUUUAGAGAAUUGAGACCAAAAUGUGGCAAAUGCAGUCUGCAAGUUGUACUACAUGAAGUUCUGCUUGUGUGUCCAGGUCUCUCACAACUUGUCUCUUGUCCUUUUCUCAGUGUGUAACUGUGAUCUGGCACGAUCCGGCUUCUUCCAGAAGAAGGGUGAAUACAUCUGUACAGCAGACUAUCAGCGUCUGUACGGGACACGCUGUGACCGCUGUGACACGUUCAUCACAGGAGAGGUGGUCUCUGCUCUGGGACGCACGUACCACCCCAAGUGCUUUGUCUGCAGUGUUUGCUGGUAAAUAUGAGCACACAAACGCAUACAUUCAAUCCUUAUUGUGUGACAUUUCAGCACUGAGUGUCAAAGACUGUAGCAGUAACAUUAUUGUAUUUGAGAUUAAACGUUAAAAUUAAGUACAAAAUCAAGCAAGGACUUUGUGCUUUAGUCAACUGGACAAUGAAACACUGUCGCCCUCACUAGUCAGCACCAAAAUUACUACGUUCAUUUUAUUAUUUUAUUCCAGAAAUCCCUGCAGUAUGUUGUGUCAAAGCUAUAGCGCAGCCACCAACCACUAGCUGGAGCUGACACUGUAAUACUAUAGCUCUCCACUUGGAUGUAAACAAACAAAAAUGGUAGAUGACAUCUUGUGCAGCCCAGUCAGCAGUGUUUUGGUCUGAACAUUUUUAAAUUAAGUUAAAUCUAGGUUGUGUUUGGUUAAAAUGGUGUAUGGCUACUCGACCAGAGCAGUGCACAACCAGUCCAGGCAUGUGUAUGUCAACCUGUAAAGUGGAAGGCUGGUGGUGCUAGCUCUACUGGCAUUAUUCAAACUCUGCAAACCAAUUUGACAUCAUUUACCCUGAGAGUGUCUCGGCAGAUUUUCUUACCUUAAGUCUGUUAGUCAGAGUUAUCAUUUUUAUGUAGGGACCCAAAUGGCCUACUCACAUGUAGGGGUCGAAGCCCUCCAUUUAAAACUAUAGUCCUUGUUGUGGCAGUCGCUGGUUUGAUGCCUGACCAAGACCCUUGCAUGUCUCCUUCUACUCUUAUCCCCUGUUUCGCUUUAGCAGCCCAAACCAAAUAAAGGCAAACAUUCCCAAAAAUAUAACUUUAAAAAGCCAAUAAAUUUCUAUAUCAGGAACUUAGUUGCAUGGGAACAUCCUGAGCUUUGCUUAGGGCCCCAACUGACCCUGAUGGAUUAUGUGUGGCUCUUAAGCCUCUUUUUACUCCCCAGUGUAAAUCAUUAUCUUGUAUCGUCUGUUUAUUUAUUUUUUUAAUCUACAACAUUACAAACCGUUAAAGGUAUUGCUAAUUAUUCUGCAUAAGUUAAACUUGAUCAUCUUCCCUGAGUACCAAGUUUCUCUGCUCAUGAGUCAUGAUUUGAUGGCACGACUAGAAGAUCAAUAUGUUUGCCACAGUAGUGACUCUCUGUUCAGCAUGACUUUGGUUCAACACCAACUUCUAAAGAAAACUCCUCAGCUACCAAAAACUCCACCAUGUUCACCUGCUAGUCUUGAACUUUGUCAUGAACUGUUUGGAGCUUGGCAGCUGGACAAGCAUGAGCUUACCAGAGAUUUUUGCUGGGAAGAGCAACCUGCUGGAAACAGGGUUUUGAAAAGUGAACUGGCACAUAAUACUGAACGUCCGACCAAAUGACUGAGAAGCUUUGCUGAAGUGAGAGGAGCUACAUGUGGAUGAUAUCUCCUUUGUGUUUGUCUGUAUUUAAUAGUUUGGAAAAUGUCAUGUAUGACUCUAACCAUCUUAAUCUGUGUUAAUUUUUGAAGACGCACAAAAGUUUCAAUUCAGCAUUAAAAGAGGUCUGUGAAAAGAAAACUAUGAAAAAAUAGCCUUUUAAAUGAGAGAAUGCAAAAACAGCAAUCAACAGUGGAGUCUCAUGACUGAAUGGGAGGCACAAAUGAUUUCUUUCUUUGCAAUGAGUCACUGAUUUUUGCCCCAUGAACACACAGUCCCUUUGAAAUGAUGCUGCAAAAGUUAAGUCUUCAAAAUAAGAAAUUCAAAAAGGUGAUUCAUUCCUGAAAAGUGGGUGUAGUAACGACAGAUCUACAGCCCAUGAGUCAGUAUUUUCAGAGCCCCUGAAUGUCAAUAAAUGUCUGAUUAAGGUUCAAGCAGCCUGUCGUUUUCCUCAGUCGAGGCACGAAUCCAAAAGAAAGCUGACCCGGUGUUUCAUUCUCUUUGGUUUUUGUAAAAGUAGGCCAUCUCUCUCCUGACCGCCAUCACUUUUAAUGUUAAGCUCCUCCUGACUGAAUUGAGCGUCAGCAUCCCCUGUUAGCUCCCUUAUCUCUUUUAUUUCACCAUUUUUGUCUCCUCUUUGGCUUUUGUGCUGUGUUUUCAGGAGCAAACAUCUUCGUUUUCCUCUUCUCUUCCUACUCCCUUUUUAUUUGAUCUUUUUUGACUUGAUAUUAGGUUUAAACGAGAGCGUAUGUUUCCUCAUGGAAGAGAGUCGUGUUUGUCUAUUUUGUUAUGUGGCUGAUAAACCCGCUGUCAGACCGAGCAGCCGAGGGGCAAAAAAAAAACUAAAACAACACCAACUGGCCGGAGACAGCCAGUGGAGCAGUCCUGGCAGUGAUAGGGAUGUGUGUGUGUGUAUUUGUGUGUGUAUUUGUGUAUGUGUGACAGUGUAUGAGGAGUCAACCAGAAGAGACAGCAAGAAGCCGAAGGGUGAAUCUCUUCUCUCCUGCUCCGUCUGCCCUCUGUCACAUUGCUUACAGUCUUUUCUUUUACCUCCUCUAUUCCUCUCCUCCUGUCUAUCUCCUCCACCCCCCUCUCCUCCUCCUCCUCUGUCUUCUUCCUCUCAUCAUUAUCAUUACCGUCAUCAUCCUCCUUUCCUCUCUUAAUCAUCAUUCGCAUCACAUCAUCCUUCUUCACGUCUUCAUCAUUGUCUGUCUUUCUCUUGUCAUCCUAAUGAAGGCAGAUUGCAACUUUCCAAGGCGGAUUUAAAAAAGAAGGAACAGCGGUGAUCAAAGCCUGAGGGCGCACCACUAAAGCCUGAAAUAGCUUUCACUUCUGUGGCCAGUUUUUUACCAAAAAAAAAAAGAGGAGGAAAAAAAAACAUGCAUUAAAUAUGUAAACAUAGCUAAAUUUUUAAAGGGCUGAGAAAGGCUGACAAGGCAAGAGUGUCUUAAGGGAAGAGAGAGCAACACACAGGUAAAGACAAGGUCAAACUAACGUACUCGUCUACAGCAUUUCCUGUGCUUAAAAUGUGCCAUAUUCUGGAGAAGCUUUGGUUAUACAUGUGAAAGAUUUAUCUCGUCAUGCCUGCAAGUGGACACAGAUACAAACCUCAUAAACAAGCUCCACUUGUUAAAUGAAACCUCUCUGGUUUUCUAUGUUUUAUUUUUAGUAUUUACUGUGUUUUGAUAUAAACCGUAGUUUGCAUAAUUGAAAAGGUGAAAUGUCUUUGCUGGCUCAUUUUUCUUGCACACUUAUCUGUCCUUUCUGUUUUAUUGAUUGACUUAGUCUCCUUUAAAUAAUAUAAAAGCACAAAGGGACAAACCUAGAAUACUGUCUGUGCUGCUUCCCUCCGCAUUCACACGCAUCCAGGCAGAUACACUUGCAAAGUUCUCCUACAAGUUUUCCUACACGUUCUCCCAGCCCCCCCCAGAAGCUCACUUUCCAAGGCUCACAACCUCCACAGUUGUGUGAAUAAAAAGUACAAACAUCUCUUCUGCUUAGGUUGAUGCAUCUGAGAGUGUACAUGGAUGCUCUGCACUCCUGUGUGCUGACUGUGAGCUCUGCUGGAGACUCUAGCCUCCCUCUGGGUCUUGGCUCCGGCUCCAGGCCUCGGUGGGGGAGUAAACGGAUUACUGCCGUCUAUGUCUCUUUAAACAGCCUUCCCUAAGCCUUUUAGCUUCCCAUUCACUCUCACAUCCUCCUCAGUCAUAAAAAUCAAUCCGACUCUUUGAAAAAAUACUACUGAAGAGAGAAGAGACAAAACGAUGGCAAUAUGAUAUAAUUUAAUUUGGAAGCUGUCUGCUGUCUUGUGCCCAGCCUGUCAGCAUGAGUGUCAAACACAGACAGCAUAUAAAGCAGUAGACACCGUGGGUUUGUGGACUGCUGUUCUGGGAGCCUCAUAUUUGGGACACUGGGAUUGUUGCCAUACUGUUUUUUUGGAGCCAAAAGUGGCCAUUCGAGAUGUAGCAACAUGCUCAACCUACAGUCAUUGCUCAGUUAAUGAUUUCUUUUUUUGAGGACUUGAAUAAAGGUCAGAUAAUGAAUAACUAUGUCAUAAAUAUACAGAUUACUGCACAUUUGUUCUUGUGGGAUGGAGUCACGGAGUCGCACAUAGUAAAUUUUGAGAGUUUUUCAAGUCGGGUCAAGUGUUUUUUAACGUGCUUCUAACUCAGUAAGUCCAUGCGACACAAACUCAAAACUUCUAUACAAAACCAUGGACAUUUGAAGGAUUUUAUUAACUCCCCCGGACAAGACAGGCCAGACAGCCCCCCCAAAAAAGGUCAUGUCUGGGUAAAAGAGGACAUGUCAGGGUAAAAGAGGACGUAUGGUCACCCUAGUCUAAUCCCUUUUUUUAACUUUGUGUUUUUCUGCUGUUAAAGUCACUAAAAUAUAUUUUUCUUAGUAGAGAAUUCACCCUGAAAAAACACCAUAAAAUUUAUUUCGAAGUUUGAAUGAGUAUUUCAAAAAAGUAUCUAAAUAGACAAACGCAGUUCUUGUUCUUGACAUUAAAAUACAGGAAGCUUUUCAGAUACUCAAGGCCUUAUUCACAAAGGCAGGCUUGCAGCUGUUGUAGCACCAAGAAUUUAGCAUCCUCUGCCCUCGCUCUCUGCUCCCUCUCAAGGUCUAUUUCACAAAGGAAAUGCACUAGUAAUAUUCAAGUGUAAAAAUUGCCCAUAAGGUUUAGCAGCUCUUUGAACUGCAAGCAUCUCUUCCCUACUGCACAGAGCUUUGCAGUGAGCUUUCACCCUGAUAGUGCUUUAUUCCAUCCAUAUAUAUGAUGAGUUACAUUAAGAUGGACAGUCCUGACCUGUUUCAUGUGAAGUCAGUUCUUUAUAAAUGUGACACAAGUUUCAUAAUUCAUAUCAAGUGAGCAAAACAAAAGCAGCUUGUUAAGGUGAAAAAAUGAAUGAAUUAAAGAAUCACUCUGAUGUGCGUUUUUGUGGAGAAUUCAACCCUUUGCCUGAGCUUUGUGAAUUAGAUAACACAUUUUUGGUUCACUUGCACAGGUUGUCUCUUAUCCAUCUUACGGUGUAGGAGAAGCGGGUUCAGGUCCUUUUCCUCAGGUUAAUAACCUCAGCGUAAAAGCACCCAGAGUUUGGAAUUUAGGCUCUUUUUAGUGAUCCAUAUCAUCUGACUCAGCUGGAACUGGCUCUUUCAGCUCCCAAAUAGCUCUACUGCUGCUUUUAGGGCUGAGUCGUCCAUGUCUGACACAUCACAACAUUCCCCCCAGCUUGGUGUAGACUGAUCUCACAGUGCUGUGUUUCUGCAGUGAAGUCAGGGAAAGUGAAGAUAACAGCAUCAGAGAAAACUGAAUUAAACAGUGGUUAGAGAGUUCAGUAAUCCUUUUUGAAAUAAAUGUCCUCAAUAGAAAUUAAUAAAGAAGCAGCACUGAUGAUUAUUGAUUAACAGUUUGUCUGAUCAAUUGUUGUGUGUUGCUGACUGGUGGGCUCCAUUAUUGUGUAGUUUAGGAGGCCACCGUACAUUUUCAGGUAGUUAAAUAUCACUAAUGAGCUUUUGUCUCGUACAGUUCUUGUUGUUCUCAUACAUUUCUUACAUACACAAAUCUGUAUACUAUCAAUUCAGAACAUACUACACAUUUAGUGUGAUAUCGUACUUAGUAUAAAUCAUAUAAAUCACAACUCUUACCCACCUUUGCCAGAUCUGUAUGCCUCUAACCAACUACAGACCCAAGAGAUUUAUUGACGACAAACAAUGGAGGCCAAAAGCUAACUCCGCAGCUCUUAAAAAAAGUAUGCAAUAAUUAAUCCUUUUCAUCUCACUGAUUUGAACUCAACCUGUAAUGUACCAAUUUUUUCAUUAUCAUCAUAUUCAUCAAGGGUGCUACAGCCUUCAUUGAGAUUGGCACUUUCAUUGCUAGUUUUAAGCAUUUAUUUAAACAUCAGUGCUUUUUUCUUCAGUUUUCUCCUCUGAAGCUGCUGCUAAAGUUGGUGUGAAUUUAUUCUUUUUAAUCUACAUGAAACCUCUGACAUGGUGACAACAGCUCUGAGGUUGAAGUUAACUAAGGCAGAGUGAAUGGGUGUACUGACUGGAAGAGAAAGUGGCUCAUAGGAUCAGUAUGCACUCCACACAGUCUCACUAAUAAGUUUUCAUCCUCAAUGAGGGAGCCAGUUUGCUUUGCAGAAGCCUGUGGCAGCGUCACAUUAUCGGCUCUUUAAUCAAAGAGCAGCCAGGUGCUCUGAAACAAACAACAUCCUAUUAACCCUCAGCAACAACUGCUUGGAAACUCACUCUCAGGUUCACAGAAGAUGUCAGACUGUAUUUAGUCUGUGUCAGCAGGAUUAUAGCCUGUCUGUCACCUAAUCAUGUUUCUGCCAGUACCCAUUUGUUAUUACCUUGUGUACACUUGGAUGUGAUGUAAACACAGGAUGACUGCAGGCAUAGUAAUCUCCUAUUGUACGCUUGUUUUCUGACUCCCUCUGUCCUUCUGUCUGUUAUUUAUUUCCUCCUCAGUAAACCCUUCCCCAUCGGAGACAGAGUGACGUUCAGUGGAAAGGACUGCGUGUGCCAGCACUGCUCUCAUACACUCGUCAAGCCAAAUGAACCCAUCAAGAUCCACGGGCCCAGCCGUAAGUCCGCCGUCUCCCUCACCCCGUCUGAUCCUUUUAAGGCCGCCACCCUCUACAGUUCUUCAAGACUGUUGUGACAUCUCCAUGAAGCCUAUUAAGCUCAUUUAGCCAAUCAAGUGUCUGUCAAAUCAGUGAUCCAACCUGUCGUGCUGAUCCGCCAGCAGAGGAUUACGCAACACAAACAGGCGCAUAAUUCAUUCAUUACUGUCAGCAUGCAGAGAAUAGAUGAUUUUAUCUCUUUAUUGCGCAUCUGGUAACAUACUCCAGCAUGAGCAUACCCAUCUUUCACAAAUGCACCACAUAGAAAGACACAUUACCUGAUUGUCCUGUGUGAUUAGCCUGGGCCUACUUUUUUGAGUGAUAGUGAUUGAUAGUGAAUCAUUUGUUAAGUGUGUCGCACAGACAGGAGUCUGCUGCUCACAGCCUCUCCAGUAAUAACAGAUGCUGCAGAGGCAGUGAGUAACUGUCCUCCCAAGAUCACUCCAUUCAGGAGGAUAAAACCCAAACAGCUCCCCAGGUACAUGUUCAUCACUUUGUCUUAUGAGGAGGCAGUCUAUGAGACGACACACAGAGUGCAAACACUAAAUGUUAUGCACUUGCUUUUACGGACUGUUCUGACAUCAUUUUUAUCGGUAUCAAUGCAAAUAUGCUCUGAAGGCAGACUUAUUUUUAUACCCAGACAGUAAAAAGUGAUUACUUUUGGGGGAAAAGGCAGAGAGGAGGCUCUGAGCGACAUUGGGGAAAGUAUUAUCAGCUGGCGUUUGGCCAAGCCUCUACUCUAAUGAAUAUACUUUUACAACUUCUGACAAGUUUUGAGUUAAAUGUCCUCUCUCUGGAGAAAGGGCACCGCAUUCUUAUUGGAUUGAUAUGCCAAGAUAGGAUAAGAACAUGGCUUCGCAUGAUUAUUAGCUUGAUGCAAAAAUUAUAGUAACUUUGCUUCCAAAUGAAGCAAAUAAGGAUGGGUGAUCAUAUUCUGUAUUCUCAAAAAAAACACAACUAUGCAGGACAGAGUCACAGAGUUGCACAAAGUUAAUUUUUUAAAAGUUAUUGGGUCGGAUCGAGUGUCUUUUACGCGCUUCUAACUCAGUAAGUCCACAUAACACAAACUCGAAACUUAAACACAAAACCAUAGACAUUUGAAGGAUUUUAUAAACUUCCCCAGACAAAGCCGGCUAAACCCGGACAGCCCCCAAAAGAGAGGACAUGUCUGAGUAAAAGAAGAUGUAUGGUCACCCCAAAUAAGGUUUUUUCAUAACAUAAAUUUUAAAGGUACUGUUGAGUGAAUUAAGUCACCAUCAGUGAGGGUCUAGCUGUCCACCUGUAUUUACAGUCUUGAUACUAGGCUAAGCUAACUCCAGCUUCAUACUGAAUGGAAAGAGAAGCUCAUCAUGAUCUUCAUCAUUAUAUUAAGCUUAAAAAAAUCUGAGUUUCUUGAUUAAUACGCUAUAAAGACCAACAUUUUGUACACCAUUAUUUGCCCUGAGUGACUCAGUGUAAAAUAAUAUUGUGCUCUUGACAGCUGAUUAAAAUGAAGUCCGUUUUCUAAAUUACCUGAAAUGAAAACUCCCUGCAGAAGUGACUUUGUUAUUCAAUGUUUCCACAACCACGCCUUUCUUGUCACAAACUCUGUUACAUUUUCUUCAGAUAGACUCAUGCUGUUUCUCUUUGGUUGCUAAAAUGGGAACUGUAUCAUGACUCAGAGGAAAAUCAGCUGUGUGCUGCAACAGUCUGGGGCUAGGCUCUUUGCUCUACAGGCUCAGCACUAUCACCACAGAAUGACAGUCAAGAUUUAUUUAGACUGCAGAAACCCGGUUCAAUACACUGCAGUUUUUUUCUUUACAGCAAAAAACCCCUACAAAAAACAGUUUGUCUUGGCUGACAGGGCUGAGUGAAGUCGUCCCUUGUGUCUGCAGGCUCCUCUCAGGGGCAGCAGACCAGGUCAGAAAAGGUUAAGCUCAGCCAAACAUCCUCUAAAUGAAAACAAAUGGAGCGCUGACCUUUUUGCAGCGUUCUGACUCUCAGCUGCCAUGCAUCAUUUGAAGCCUCUGUGCCAUCCUGCUUCUUAGUGCUGGUCAAUAACGCCUGUUGGGGCGUGUGAGUGAAGGAAGUGGAAUUCACUGUCUGCUUGUGUACGGCAUGUGCUUGUGUUUGUGAGAGAGAAACAGACAGGCAGAGAUUCAUACAUGCCUCAUGUGAGGGGGGGAUUUUAUGCAACUGUUUUAGCCCUGAAGCUGUUACAGAGGGACUUGCUUCCUGCCUGCAUUCAAUCAUGUUUAACAGUGCUUACAGUUGAGAGAACAAGCCUCACAGCACUGCAAUAUCCCGCAUUAGUGCAGCUAUUGAUUAAGGUGGUGGCUGUGCCACAGGGGGAGAAUCUACACUCAGGAGGAUUUCAGACAUGUACAGCAAAACCUCAUCUCACUUUGUCUUGUUCUGCCUCUCAUUCUUUCUCUACACUUCCUCUUUUUGUCUACCUUCUUUACUUUCCCUUUAUUUCAUUCUCUUCUAUUCUUCUUUCCUUCAGACUGUGCUGGAUGUGGAGCUGAAAUCAAGCAGGGGCAGUCUCUCCUGGCGUUGGAGAAACAGUGGCACGUCAGCUGCUUCAGAUGUCGGACCUGCAACAUGGUCCUCACCGGAGAGUACAUCAGCAAGUGAGUGUGUGAACUCUAACACAACAUGUCAAAGCAGAGGGGUAUCCGAUCUCCUAAAACUCGUGUAAAUAGCCAUGUGUCUCUAACCCUGCGGCGGUUUAGCUUCUUUCUCUGUUUUACAGGGAUGGAGUGCCAUACUGUGAGGCAGAUUACCACGCACAGUAUGGGGUGAAAUGUGAGACCUGCAGCAGAUACAUCAGCGGAAGAGUUCUGGAGGUGAGAGCCAGACGAGAUACAGAAAGGAGUUAAUGGAGAUUUAGCAGCACAUAAUUCUGCAGCAGUACAGGCAUCUGAAUUAGGAGUUGACUGCACUAACUGAGUGUAAUCAGAGCUAUCAGGACUAAGCAGUAGCAUUUUAUCAUUGCCUCCCUAUAAGCUCUGCUGUGCUUCGGGGAGAGAGCGACUUAAGAUUACAGCGUGAUAAAAAAUGUUUGUCCUGCGUAGCUAACACCAAAACAAAUUCAGCUGCGGCGUGUAAGCCUGAUCGCACAUUGGUGCAUAUUUACUUUUUCACUUUUUCCUCCAAAGCGCAGCUGAGCAGGAAACACUGACAAGAGGAUAAAAAAGCAAGAUUGAAUCAUAACAACGAGUAAGGAGUUGAGAGGGAGAGGGAGUUAUAAAAAGAUCAGAGGGUAAAGAGAGGAGGGAAAAGACGGAGGAAGGAGAGACAGAAAGCGAAUUCGGCAGUGAUAGAAAAGCACAUUUUGUUCUUUGCAUGAUCUUAUGCUGAAGAGAAAGGAGGAGUAAACAUUUAAGAGAGGGGAGCAGAGGAGGAGAGGGAGCUCAGGCAGAAGAAAAUGGGUGUACCAAAGAAGUGGAGGGGAAAAGAUGAGGAGAGUAGGGUUACAAAGAAUGAAAGUGAUAAAGUGCAGAUGUUAAUGAAAUGUUUUUGGAGGAGUCUCAGGAGUGUGUUUUCUGUAGAGACCUGAGGAGAGGGAGCAGAUGUGGAAGAACUUUGUCAACAUGCACACACACACACACACAAACACACACACACACACACACACACACACCCUCUUCUGCACACACAUGCAUGAGGCCGUGUUGUCCCUUUGCUCCUUUGCCUGUCAGAAUGGCUGGUGUAAAGUGCUUUGUUCCUGCCUAUCAGCCUCUCUGGGCUAUUUAUAGACAUGGGGACAUGUCAGACUUUAUAUGUGAAGCUCUCUCUCUCUCUCUCUCUCUCUCUCCCUCUCUCUCUCUGUAUCUCUCUCUCUCUCUCUCUCACACACUCUCUCUCUCUCUCUCUCUCUCUCUCUCUUUCUCUUUCUCUCUCUCUCUCUCUCUCUCUCUCCUUCACCCUCUUUUGUCUCUUUCUCUCAGUAUCUGUGUGUCUCGUACUCGUGACAAUCAUUCGUCUCUCCUGUCACAUUUUGGCUCCUGUCAUGUUUUGAUAUCAUAAUGUUUGACUCCUAAAGAUGCAGCAGGCAGCUGAGUUGACUGAGUCAGAUACAGGAAUGCAAAUCCUGCCAACUUAGAAUCAUACAAAUUUAAUUCGAAAAGGAUUACACGAUAAAGCUGUCAGUGCAAUUCAGCUGGGUUAAUUGGCAGCUGAUUUUCAAAAAGUAUGCAUAAGGUGUGCUCUAUCAGGAGUCUAGUUUUAGUAGUUUAUUUAACUUAGGUCUGGUUUCAGACAUCAAUAACACAUCAGUUAGACAUCAAUAUAUGUUAAUUCUGGUUGUUUCAACUUUCUAGUAUAAUAAAAUGUAGCUCUACAGCUGGACCUAGCUUACUUUGAAGUCCAUCAUUUUUAAAGAGAAUCUUCUCUUGAUAAAUUGUCUUUUUACAUGAAUCAUUUCUGAGUCCAUGUGACAGUAAACACAGACAGCACAGAAACCACCUGAUCAGUCAUACUGGCUGAUGGUGCAGGAGAAACUUGCCAGCUGACUGAACCACCUUGUGGAUUCAUCACUCUGCUGGUUUAAUAAGAUGUUCAUGUAUGUGAAGAUGACUUUCACCAGGGUGAUACUUCACAGUGCUUUACUUCUUAAACAGGGUAACUAUUAGGGGCAUGUCUGGAGAGAUAGCAUCCCAGCUACUGCCUGAAAAUCUGAAAUAUGCCUGGCUAUUUGACUUUUCAGAGAUUGUUGUAUUUGAACAGGAGAAGGAAAAAACUAUCUGCUCUGAUCCUCCCUUAUAAUAGGUUAAAAAAAUAAGAUUUCUUUCAAUAUUGCUACACAAUUUCUUACUAACGUAUAUACACUUUAGAUUAUGUUGCUGUACUGUCACCAAGUUCGUUGCAUUUUUCAAGCUUUGGACAAAAAGUGUCUUUGUGUGCUGAAAUAAAUGAGCUCAGAAAAUCCAUAUGUAGCCUCAUAGUUUACAGGUAUAUGACAUGUGUAUCAUACUUUAAUAGAAGUAGUGGAAGUUGAUAGAAAAACUGGAGACAGAUAUAGUUAAUAAAUGUCAUUUGUUCAUAGAUAUUAAUGCCACUCCUGUAUGUAUCGGUGCCUCAGAUGGGCCAGCCCACCCUGAUCAAAAAUGUGUGAAACACCUCUGGUCACUGGUACCCCAGGGGCUCCUCCUAAGAGAACUAGAUGGUGGAAAAAGGAGUUUUUUAAAUGGUAAUUUAAGAGACUUUUGGAAUAGGCAGCCCCAAAUAAUAAGACCAUAAUAAGUUCAGUCAAACAUUUAAAUGCCAUUUUAUAGAAUAGAGACAAUAUCUGCAAGAACGUUCAGAUUCUUUAAAAAUUGCAUUUGUGCAGGAAGAAAUUGGCCCACAAAGAAACAUAACAAAGUGAUUUUCAGUAAAAAGGUUGCUGUUUACGUCGAUGGUAUAUAAUUAAUGUUUAACUCUCAGUCUGGGUUAUUUCUUUUAACAGAAAAAAAUUCAUGGAGGACUUGGCAGAAAAAGCGUUUCAAAGGGCGUAUGUCAUUGAAGAACCAUUUUUCUAAUGUGCCAAACUAUCAAUUCAUCAUUUGAGUUGCUUGAUGUCUUAAUCAUAAUUUUUUUCUCACACUAUAAAAACACAACAUGAUGAUGAGGCUUAUUUCUCAGCUCUGCUUCAGUCCACAUUUCCACAGCCAAGGUUGUUUUUUUUUUUAUGAGAAGUUUCAGAGUAGACAGAGAAGGCAAGACAUAAAAAAAAAAAAAAAAAACAGGAAGCGGAAGAAAGGGAUCAUAAAAUCUCCUUUCUUGAGUUUCACUUUUUUCCCCCUCCUUCCGUUCUUCCUUGGCGUCUGAGUUCACCAAUAAAUAUAGCAGCCUAUUAAUGCCACCAGAGAGAAUGGGGGGCCUCAUUAGAAACGGUAACAGCAGCUGUUCAGCUGAUACCUCAGGAACCCAGACGGUAAACGCUCUGCUGCUUGGAAAGCACAAGACUCAGAGGCUGCGUCCUCCGGCUGGCUUUCCUUCCAGAGUAACCUGAGACAGACAGGCAGAGACUGGAUUGCUAAAACCCAGCGUAGGUACAAUUAAGACGUUUUCUGUUCUCUGGCAGACAUGCGAUCUGCAUUUUCUACAUGUAAAAAUAUGAGUUUUUAAAAAAAGCCAAGUAUGUCAGAGAGGCUUAAAAUGGCACUAACACACAGAUGCUGGGAGUGUUCAGGUGAAACACAGACAUGCAGCUAUAAAUAGAAAUUCUCUAAUGGUAUGUCAGGAAGGCCGAGGUGACAGGCCGGAGCCACACCUCAGCCAUGCAGGGUGGCGUGUGAGACACAUCAGGGCUGCGAGCCGGCUGAAUUAAUGGACACAGUGACAUCAUACUGCAUCAUCUCACGUGUCUGUCUCACCUGCACCUCCUGUGUUUGGAUGUGAUCCCUCGGGGCGCUGUGAAUGUCCAAGGACAUAUGUCCCACUAGUGUGUACUUCACUUACAUGACCACCUCGACUCAUGCAGACCCACACACUCCCCUGUAGACUGUCCUACAGGGAUCUUUGCUCUAAUUAUUGUAAGGAAGAAUAGAUGAUGUUGUGAUUGCUGUUGGUUGAUGAAGCAACUACAGGCUAUGGAGUCAUUUCUCAAUACACUCUGAGGCCAUUGCUGGUCAGGUGAUAUACAGUAGAAAGCAUAUGGAGUAAUGACCUCCCCAAGGUGGGGUUACAAUUUGUAGAUUAGCCCACACUGUGUGAAGCUGUUUGUGAUGAUAAUUUAUGUUCAGUCACACCUCUUCAUCUUCUUCUCUUCACACAGGCCGGAGGGAAACACUACCAUCCGACCUGCGCGAGAUGCUCCCGCUGUAACCUGAUGUUCAAAGAGGGCGAGGAGAUGUACCUGACAGGUGAGAGCUCAGUGCAAAUACAUCCUCUCACAAUCACUCUCACACACAUACAUGAACGCAUCUACAAAACUACAAAGUGCAAGCCCGUGUAGAUGAAUGCAUGGCAUGUGGGAACACCCACUCUGUCUUCUCUGACUCUUCCUCAGGAUGUGAGGUGUGGCACCCAUUAUGCAAGCAGGCAGCGAGGGCAGAGAGGAGACUCAGGGUGAGAUGGAGUUGAAAUGAAAACACUCAAAGAAAAUGAGAAAAUCUGCAAUUUCAUCACUGUGAAUCCUCCCCUCUGCUUGUUUCCUUUGUUUGUGUCUCACAGCACAGACGCCUGUCAGAGGCCUCCAUCUCGCCUCCCGGCUCCUCCAUAGGCUCUCCCAGUAGAGUUAUAUGUGUAAGUAAACCGUAACUUAAAAGCUUUUUGUCACUUUAGGCUGCAACCAUCACCAAACUUACCCUAAAAGCACAAGCACUGCUCCAGAAACACAAGCACCACCCUAAAGCCUGAAUGAUUUAGCACCGACCAGAGAGGCUGCUCACUCCCCUGGCCUGUUCACCUGUCUGUGUCCUUUCCUCUGUCAUCAUCUGUCAUGCGAAACAUUGCUUUCAAAACACAUUACAGAAAAUAUUUACGGGGGAAAAUUUUAAAUCAAGAUUUGCAACUAAAACUGAAGAAAUGUGGGUUAAACUUGAACUGUUAGCAGCUAGCAGCUAUCAACCCUAAAGGUAAGAGCUCGACAGACUGCAGUGUGUUGAUAGAAUAGGUUGGACGUAUGGGGAGAUAGAGAGGGGGAGGACAUGCAGGGUCAAACCCGCUGUCCCCAUUCGUUGGGUGUGCUAACCCACUUGGCCAUCUGCUUGCCCCCUUAACCUUAUGAUAACUGCCUCAAUUAUUCGUGGCAUAGAUUCAACAAGGUGCUGGAAGCAUUCCUCAGAGAGCUUGGUCCAUAUUGACAUGAUGGCAUCACACAGUUGCCGCAGAUUUGUAGGGAACAACAAUCUUGUCAAAACAAAAAAGAUGCUCAACUUGGACAACAGCUGAGCAGUAAGAGGGGCCCAGAGAUGAGAUUAUAUAUUUUCUGCAACCUCUUGUUUGGCUUUUGCAUCGAAAAGUUUUCAGAAGUGCAUUUAUUCUUUAUUUUUCAUGCUUUUGAUGUAAAUAUAGUUGAUAUGGAACCAAUAAAGCCCCCAGCUCAUUAUUUCCUGCAUAUUUUAGCUGAGAUCAGUGCAAAGCUGGUGGAUUAGACAUAAGAGAUGCUCACAUCUUACACAGUAGAGUGAGCGGUGUAAGUCUGAUCUGUUAACAUACAUACUUAAAUAAAAAUCAUGCUAUACCAGACCUGUCACCCAGCCAACGAGCUUCCUGCAUGUAGUACCCAAGGGUCCAAUUGGCUGUUGAAUUGCAAGCCAGAUCAAGGUUUACUGCAGGUAAUAUCAGAGCAACAUGCUGUUCUGGACAACUGCAGUGUACAUCAGCACUCCGCCCACUUGCUUGCUGUACUGCACCAGACUAUAACCUGCUGCGUCUACACAUCAGCUCAUCUGGACGUACCCUGGAGCUAAGAGGUCGGCAUAAGGUCAGGGCUAACAACUACAGCCGUUUGUGUUCACACAUGUUACGCAUCAGAAAAGUUAAGGAAUUUGGUAGUAGUGAGGCUCAUGUGUAAAAGCAGCCUUGUUUAGACAUGAGCUCACAAAUCAUUGAAUUCUUAAUCACUUGAAGGCUAAACACUGUCCUCAAGAAAAGGAAAGAAAUCUUUAAGAAAUCAAAGCACAUAAAGCGCCCAAAGUAAAAGGAAAAAAAAACCAUAAUCUUCACACCAGCCGAGUGCACACUGACUGAAGGAUGAUCUUCCUUCAGGGUUUGUGCCCUGGGCCUUUCACUUCCACAGUUCUCCCUCAUGGCUGCUAUUCUCCAACCAUGAGCUAUUCUUUUAAAUUAUAAAGCAAUGGUUGUAAAGGCAGUUUUUUACUUUAACAGAUCUGGGUGCAUUUAAUUUGAAAAUAUAAUAAAAGGUAGCCUCAGUCUUUAACCCACGUUAUUUCAGUUUAAGUCAACAACUUCUUAGAAAUGCUGUGAUGUGCAAACCACUAAAUCAUAGCUGGCUGGUUUGGACUUAAAAAUCCAACAUAUACAAUGAAAUGCAAAGAGUUAUGGGAACUUGAAGGUUUCACACAUUGUGCUCUCUUGUUAAAAAAACAAAUGUGUUAGUCUGAUCUGCAACCGUAUCCAACCAUGCCACUUUGCAGUCUACUGAAUGUUGCUGCAUGCCGGCUGUAUUAGCAUGUCAAGGGUUGUCUGCAUGCUUGCAGGAGUCACCGCUCUCCCUGCUCAGCCCUGCCCCGCUCUGCUCUCGUCUCAUAAUCAAUGACCUUUCUGUUUAAGGUGAUGGAUGAGGGAGAAAUGCAGUGUAAGCAAGCUUCUCGUCCAUACCGUCUCCUCUCUCUCUCUCUUUUUUUCUUGCUCCUCUGCUUACUUUCUCACACACGCUGUGCCCCUGAAGGUCAACAACUUACGCAGCUGUCAGGUUGUGCAGCUUACAUGUGUACUUCUGAUGAGCUCGCGCAUGCAUGUGCAGACUAGAGUGUGCAUCAUCAGCUCUUUCUCUCUCUUCUGCUGGUGGAGUUUUCAUUCUGCUUUGUUCCUGUGCAUCGUCCAUGUGUUUGAUGUUGGGUCUUGUUGCUGUUGUCUUUGGUGGGUGUGUCUUUGUGUCCUCUUUCCAGGCCAGAGUGAAGAAUGAGUUCCUAAAUUAUAAGGACCUAGCUGCCCUGCCAAAGGUCAAGGCCAUAUACGAGGUCCAGCAGCCAGACCUCAUAUCUUCCUCAUACCAGCCCUACCACAGAUACACCUCUGAUGACAGGCUAGACACUUACAGCUAUGGGGAGGUACUACUACUGCUGCUACACACAAACAGGCCAGACUUGCAGGUUUCACCUCAACAUUCAUCUACUUUGAGAGGAAACAUUUUGCAUGGAUUUUAGACUUUCAGGAGAAGCAGUGUUACAAGAGCAUUUAAUUCACUGUAAAGAAUAAUUGAUGAUUUAAUUUUUAUUAAAGGUGCAGUGCUUAGAAAUUGAAAUAUUUAUCCAUACUGAUAGUACAAUUUGAAAUACUCCCUCGCUACCAAGUCUGCUCCCGCUAAAUGCCGCUAUUUACUACACACUUCACCUUUUGAAAAAAUCUAAAUUUUCAGCUGGUGAAUUUUUGUGAAAUUUUGUUGAUAAUGUUGAGCUUUAGUGAUUAAUUUGAAGUCGCUGCUGCUCGGUGGCCACAAGUUUCAGGUAAGUGUCUUAUAACUGCUUUAAACAUAAAGAGAAAGUUCAGCAUAUUAAAGGCACAGUGAGGAGUUUUAAAAUGGUCGAGAAACAACCUUAAACUGGUACUGAUGCUUCUCUGUGACCUAUAAAAGCAAAUAAGACCAUCUGCAACAAGUCUGAUAUUUUUACUGUUCUAAAUUUGAAUGCAUGAAACGCUCUGAGGGGGUUGAUGAUUGACGGCCGGCUCAUAUCAGCUUUAAUCCAAAAAGACUCCAUCAACACACUGGAGAGAGGCAGCAGGUGACUGGCUCGGUGGCAUUUUGCUGUACAAUUGUUUCGGAAAAACAACUUUUCAAUCAAAACUCUCUAACACAAGCAACUUAAAGAAUCUUUAAAACUCUGUAAAACAACAACUUCAGCAUCUUCUUGCUUUGAUUUGCACAUUGAUAAUACAGACUACAAAGGUGCACUAUUUUACAUUUACUUCCGAAAGCUGUGGUGAGCAGCACAGGUGUCAGCGCCAUUUUCCACCAUGCACAGUUGUCGUUGUCAAGCCCAGUCCGUUUGUUUGCAUCUAAAGCAAACAAACUUACAGCCGUGUUGACUCCCAUGAGUGUGUUGAUCCUUGAAUCCUGUGUGGUCAGAGGCACAGGUGGUGUGUUGCUAUCUUGAGGGUGCAGAAAGCUGCAUCAGACUAACAGAAACCUGGUCUGAAGUCUGUGGUGCAGUACUCCUCUGCUGUUUAGAGGGCUUGAUAGAAAGAUGAGCACAAACAUGAGUUUGACGGUUGAGAUAAACAUUUAUCUUACAGCAAGACAGCAAGUUCAAUGAAUUCUUUAUAUGUGUAUUUUUUAUACCGACUUUAAUUAAAGUUGUGAUUUUGGCGCCAGAAGGGAAAUAUCAACAUACCAAGAGACUGAAUUUAAAAGACUGUUCUUCCUUUUUUGCAGCUCUGUGAAUACAUAAUGUAAAAAUGGUUUGUGGUGUUCUUCAUUCAUGAUCCUUUUUCUUUUCUUCUGGUUCUCCAGUCACUUGGGACACUCUCCCCCUAUUCUCAGGUAUGUGCCCCCCCCCUCCAGCCUCACCAGCAGAGCUUUUAUCACAAGUUCAAACAUGUCAACAGUUGUCAUCUUGGCCUGUUACUGAACUACUAGUCUCCUCAUUGCCCUUUGUUCCCCUUUCACCUAGACCUUGUCUGCUUCAUCUUUUCAGGACUAUGACAGCCUGGACAUGAAGCAGAGGCGAUGCUCCAGUCCAAGUUUUAUUGACUCACCCACAUAUAGUCGUCAAGGCAUGUCACCCAUCAUGCCUCGUUCUCCGCAGCACUAUGUCUACCCUGGUGAGUCAGAUGGUGUUAGCUCUCAGUUUUCUGCUUAUUACCCAGUUUGACAUCAGUCCAUUAAACAGAAUUCAUGCUGUUCUCAAGAUGAAACUCACUUAAAACAAAGUUGAACCACUUGUCUGGUAUCUGGAUUAUUUUUCCUAAUUCACUAAAUUAUUUUUUCACAAGUUAGUAAUUUAAAGGAACGAUUCAGCAUUUUGGGGAAUAUGCGUAUUUGCUCUUGUGCUGUGGUUAAAUAAGGAGACUGAUGCUCCUUUAAUACGGAUUUGUUUGGUUUAAAGAUACUGCUGUUAAAUUAGAUUAGCCCUAAUUUGCCAUAAUUAACUAGCCCGGCUCUGCACAGAGUUUAAAAGUCCAACUAAAUUUGACACCAGCCUCAAAGAAGUCUUUUUUAUAAUUUGGUUUUCUUACAAAUUAAAGAUUUGUGAGGCUGAUUUAUAAUAAGCAUUUAUUGUAAAUUAAUGUGCAUUAAUAUAAGCCUGAGGUUAGUCUCACCAAAUGUGUUUAAUGCUAUAAAUUUCUCUCCAAGAGCAUCACUAUUUUCACUUUGUAUUGUAAGCAUCACUGAAACAAUAGUUUAUGAUUGCACAAGCAUGUUUAUUAUUAUAUUGGCUAACUACAUACUGUAUGUAGUGCUUACGCUAACAUUUACACCCUAAACAAAUAGAGGUAUAGUUUUACCUGCAGCACUAUGGAUAUGAGCCUCAACGCAGUUGCUGUGUCUUUUUUUAUUCUCCUCGGGAUCCAGGCAAUUUCAUCAGCCUGUUUUUUCAAUUUUUAUUAAAGAAAGUGCUAUGUAGACAUUUUCACACACACCUCACUAGACUUUGCUCACGCCUCCCUUACCCUCUAGAAAAUGCUUUUUGUGUCAGUAUGUUCUAUUUGCUUGUCACUUUGGGCUCAGCAAAAAAAAAAGAAAAAAAAAACAAGUGAGCAAAAUUAUAUUUCCCAAAAUGCCAACCUGUUCCUUUAAGACUGAUCAAACUGCUUGUCAUUUCCAUUUGCCAUCACUGUUUUUAUUUAUUUGUGGACUAACACAUCUCAGAAAAACAGCAGCGAUGCAAAUUUGACCGCAUCAUCAUUUCAGGGCAGAAAAAAAAGUUGCUCUGCGUUGGUCUCAAGUGCUGCAUUCAUCACAUUAACUCUUACACAUGUGCACUGACACUGAAACUGAUGUUGUAAAAAGACGGAUUCACUCUUUGUCAUCACACAAGUGGAAAAGUUAACCAGUGCUUAGUUAUUUGAAAGACUGUUUUCAUCUGCAUGGAUGACACUUGCCUUGAAGCCUUCCUUCAUGCUCAUGUUCCCUCUGCUGUGAUUGGCUGUGGCUGGCUGCAGGCUCUGAGAGUGGCAGGAGUUCACCUUAUUACGGCCAAGAGGGGCGGUCAAGCACACCCACCACAAACCAGCCCCCUAAACAUUUUCAUGUACCAGGUAGGACUCCUCAUCUCCUCAUUGCUCUUCUCAUUAUCACACAGAUUUCUUUACUCCAGGGGGAGGAUUUCACUGGCCAUUACUCACUAACGCUGAUCAUUUAGAAAGGUCAUUUCCAGUGUCCUGGGAAUGAGGGGGUGGGAAAAUGUGGCUAAAUCGUAUUUUCAUACCACACAUGAUUGCUCUGGCAUAUUCUUCCCCUUAUAUUGCAUUUAAAGCGUCUUUCCAAACUCCACCCUCUCCUUUUCUGUAACCCCCCAGCAGACUCACUUCCUCUCCUCCAUGUUUCACUUCUCCAUCUCCUCUUCUCUCCUCAGCCACAGGGGACCCCAACAUCUACAGGAAGCCUCCCAUCUAUUCAAGAGCGGGUACAGUGCAGUUAGCCCCGCCUUAGUCUGCCUGUCCUCUUGUCAGUUUAGUCAUGCUGUGCUCAAGUACCCAACGUAGAUGUUUUUUUUUACUAACCUAUUGAUGUUUCACUCCGGCCCCUUGUGAUUUGGUCGUAUUGAUGUUCCAAUUAUCGUUGAAAUUGAAGCCAUCAAUAGCAGAACAAGAUAAAUGGAAGAGGUUCAGUCUGUGCUGUGAGAUGCGUUUAGGAGACUUGUAUAACUCGCUCCCAAAUGCAAUAGUUAGCAGCUGAAAGCAAAAAGAAAAAAGGUUAUAUGUUAGCCACAAGCACACACUUUUGCUCCUGAGUGCAGCUCCAGGAGCACGGCUGGUUCUUGUCUGUAAAUAGGGCUGGCAUAGACCUUGAAUGAAGUGCUGGGUGCUCAUGUGUAACUAGUGUUGAGUUUAUGGGACUCAAAGGACACACUAUUCACUGGGCCAAACAGAACACAGUAGAAAACUGUCUUAUAACUAAAAUUUAUAUUUUAUCAGGAGGUGUGUUUUAUUUCCCUCAGCCCAGCAGUCAGUGUGAUUUAAAGAGAUGCCACUAUAAUUGUUUGAAUCUGGAGACAGCUGUGUGCUUGUCUUUUGGUAAAAACAGAGUGAGUAUGUGAGAGGGGAAGUCUGAUUUUUAAUUGUGUUGAUUUAUGGUGUUCAGUUAAACAGCACAGCAGUGUCAUUAACACAAGAUGCUAUUUUUGCCUUUUUUUUUUUUUUUUUUUACAAGUGGUUAAACUUAGAUGCACUUCAGCCAUCUGGAUAUAGCGUGCUCCAGUACAAACACUCAUAAGAAAAAGAUGCACUAUCCCCUUGUCAAAUCAGGCUGGAAAAAGGCCUCUCAGCUGAGAGUCACAAGACUGAAGAUCUCUUGAUGGAGGAUAGUUUAUCUUUGAUGUUGUCCUGCAUGUCCCUCUGUGUUGUGUGUUUUCACUUGUGGAGUUAACUGUGAGACGCUUUGUUUAGAUGCUCUGAGCCUUUUAUCAGGGAUGUCCCGAUCAGCUUUUUAGGCCACAGAUCCAGAUAUUUUAUCUUAAGUAUGAGUGAAGUACUUGUAUUUGCCAAGAUAUUGGGCUGCAAGCUUUUUACAUUUAAAAAUUACUUACAUUUUAUUUAAUUUAGUACAAUAAACUUGCAUAUAUAUAUAUAUAUAAGUUAUUUAGUCACGGAACUUUGCAGAGCAGGUCCAGUGAGACAAUGUCCCAGAAGUAGUGUCAGAACACCAGGACAUACCUUGUAUCAAGACGCUUCAAAGGAUUUAACCUAUGCAGCCUUUUUCACUCUCUUGAGGUUAUCUAUCCUUCCUUUUGAAAUUCAGAGUCUGUAGCAGCCAUUUCCACAGUUUUUUAAGUCUUUAGAUGUCCUAUCAAAUUGGUAGUACUGAACUCAAGUGGACUGUUUUUGCUCACUACUCUGAAGUAUUUCAACACCGUAGACACAAGGUUGCUUUCUCUAGGUUGCACACAAGUUCUGCAUGCAAAUUGUACAACAGUUGACAUGAAUGAUUGGUCCUUAUUGAUGAGAUGAUUGGCUCAGUUCAAUAACACUCAGAUCGGGACAUCCCUAUUCUCUACAUACAGUAUAUGUCUCAUUUAGCUUAUAGUUAGUGCAUAACUGGCUGUUCCAGAAAAAUGCAUUUUAACUCCUACAGAUUGAAGUACUUGAAUUUUUUGUGGCUAAUUAAAAAGCCUUUGACUUUUCUGUGUACCUACACUGACAUUCAGCGUACACUUCAACAUCACUCACAUUGAUCCUUCUCGUUCUUUAUGUCUGUCUCAACAGCUAUUGAUUAUCAUUUCCCCUUGUUUCAGCAUUAAACAGGAUUGAUGUAAAUCCAAAGCCACAUGUGAAGUCGUGUUGCUGUGCACAUAAAAGGCCUGUUAUGUACUAUUCAGUGAGUCUGCUACCUGUGCAGAGCGUAGGCUGUAUGAGACCCCUUGUUUCCUGUGUCCUCGCGCUCUGUAUGGGUAGCAAAUCUCGCACGUUGUCACAUAUCCCUCGAGGACGUCACAAUAAUGUUUCCCUUUUCUUUUCACCUCUUUCUUGUCUAAUCCAAUCACUUAAUUCACUUCCCUUCGCCUUCUGCUCCACUUUACCUGCUGAUGAUGCCUCUGUGAGUACUUCCCUCCUCUCCUUAUUUCACUCAUUGUUAGUAUAUAUGUGUUAUUUGUCACUUGUGCAUGUGUAGAGUAUGAGCCCCUCUUCCUGUGUUGAUCACUCAAUGUCAAUUAUGUGUGUUCAUGCAGAAAUUCCAAUCUGCAGUCUAUUUUUUUUUCUCUAAAUGAGUGUGAGUCAGUGUGUAGUGGCCCGCCCUGUCGUCAGGCUAGUAAAAGUAUGAGUCCUAAAGAUGAGAAUGUCAGCCACUGGAGUCAUGUAUCAUGUAUAUAGGAAUUCGAUGGAUCAUGGAUUGGCGCUGGCAUGGCUAAUGGCUAACCGAGUGAGGCGCGAUCUAUCUGACAUUACGCUGCGUGUCACCCCCAUUGACUCCCAUUGAGUGUGCUUUAGUGCAGAGUGGCAUCAAUAUCAUCGCCUUACACCACUCAUGAAGCCACUGCACGCCUGGGGCUGAGCAGUAACUGAACUCACUUUGAUGCUGCUUAUUUUCAUGCUGUUAGCUGAAAUAUUGAUCUCCUCUGACAGGAAUGGUAUAUAUGGUGACUCCAUAGUGUGAAUGUACUCUCUCACUGUUCAUCUUUGUGAUAUUUAUUAACACAGUUUCCUCCAGAGCACACUGCAGUGCUGUGUCAAAUGGGGAUAGUUUGGUAAAUAUGCGUAUUAGUCUUGCCAAGCGCUGCAGAAGAUUCAAAUCUGAAAGCUGUCUUUUCAACACAAAGCUGGAGCCAGAAGGAAGUAUCUUAGCUUAGCAUAAAUACUUGAAGCAAGCGGGGGAAGUUAGUUUGGCUACUUAAAAUUGUCCCAAAAUCUGCCAACCAGCACUGUUAAAGCUCUUUAAGCUACAAUCUGUAUAUCCCUUCAGUUCAUGUAUAAACUCAAUGAUUCACACCAUAGACUGUAUAUAGAAUGGACAGAGUCUGCCUCCUCGCUGGGUGAAGCCACUCCGAGAACAGCACCCUCUGUUGACGGGCUGCAGUAUAGGUCAUAAAUCCCGCCUCCGCCCUCAAAGCAUAUGGAGCUGUGGACAAACUUGGACAAAUUUAUUACACAGAACAUAAUAUUUUCUCCCCCCUGGUUGUGAUGUUGACAUGUAGUUAUUGUAAGACUGGUUUGUGCUCAAGUCCUCUUUUUUCUGUGAAGCUCCGUUUUUAAAAGUUAUUAGGGGGUUCAUGUUUUCUAUGAUUGACACCUGAUACAGCCUAUGGGUGUUCAGGGAUUGCGUAGCUCUCCCGGGGGUAUGCUGUUUUAGCCGAGCAUCAUCACAGCGACUUUCAGCGACUGCGCACCCGAAUGCGCACAUCACUACUGUGCAGCGCUGGUUUCAGGAAAUGAAGAAAAAUCCCGGAACUACCGAGAGCUUUUUGGCUCAAAACCCGUAUACAGGCGGGAGGCGGAACCAAGUUGUCCAUAGUAUAUAGAGUCUAUGAUUCACACAGAAACAACAGGAAGUUACUGAUGACAGUUGAGAAAUAGCUCCAUUCACAUAUACCUGAAAGACUCAGUUUUUUUGAAGAGUCAAAAGUUAAACCUAGCCUGGCAUGAAAACUGUAGGUAUGGGACGAAAAUGUUAGCUUCACACCGUCCAGAGAUAUAAAUAUUAGCGGAUUAUCUCUUGUGAAGUAAAAAAUUUAACAAUUUAGAUGUGUUUGUUUCAGCCAUGCAAAAUUAUCAGCGUAGAGACUUCUAUAUGUUUUGUUCACAACCUCACAGUAAAAAAACUAAAACAGUCCAAAGAACAUUUUUUUUUAAUUGGCUGUAAAAUUGUGGUUAAAAAACAAAAAAUUGCUUGAAUCAGCAGAUUCUCCUCAAGGUUUCUUCUGGUCAUGUUCCCAUUCGAGCAUUGUUGUGUUUUACCUCUUUGUGAAACUAAUCCCUUCUUGAAGUCAUUCUUUCUCUGCCAGCAGAUUACUAAAAACUCCCUGUUUUUAUUAUGAGACUGUUUAUCCUUUUACCAAAACUGAUCCUCUUAUCCUGCUGUAAAGCCGAUCCUUUUAUAUCUCUCCGUAUUCUAUCUAUUAUUUAGCUUUUUUAAUAAUCAUGUUUAUAUAAGAUUUUAGUCCUAAUUAUAAUGAAUCCAUUGUUUUCGAAACAUUGCUGUUUAUUUGUAUCUUUGUGUACAGUCUGCUCUGAGCCAAUUACACCCAGAGGGCUUAAUAAAUUUGUUGGAAAUGAAUUUAAUUGAACUGACACCAUGAAGUAACCUGCAUAGCUAAUCAAGACUCCAGGAAGUCUGUUUCCAGUGAUUAAAAAGCUGGCAAAAAGCCUCCUGUUAAAUAAACAACUUGUUAUGUUACACUCCAUGUUUUUAUGUAUUGAAUAAACCUGGUACAACAUGUUUAUCAGUUAGCCCAGGGGUGCUGGUGUGCUUCUUUUUUCCCUUACGAAAGGAACAGACUAGCCCUCUUUUUCCUCCCUUCACACAAGGCUAAGAAGAGCCAAAUGAAUCCGAGCUGGAGCUUUAUAUUAAGCAUAUACUUGAAGCUCCUGUGAGGAGUUAGUACCUGGUUAUGAAACAGAUUGAAAUGAACUGAUUGACGGUUCCUGUGAUGAAAUUUAUGUUGCCUGAAACAGCAGGGGUUAGGUGUCAAGAGUAAUAUUCAUCUUCUCACCCAGUUGUCCGCAAAAAAGAGUUAAGAGGUUCAUUUUUUCUGAAUUUCUUAGUCACUUUGGUUGCCUCCUAACAAUCCCUUAUUUCACAGACAUUCAUGUGGACGCAGCAACCAAAAGCCGGACCAGUGAGGACAUCCUCAGAUCCUCCAGACUGUCCACCUACUCUCCUGAGCCAUACUCCCAGUCAGAGUCUGACUACUAUCCAUACACCAGCUCCCCCAGAGGUAAGAAACAAACUCAUUUUAGCAAGUUUAGAUGGAGAAUCUGCAAAGUGAGACAUGUUUCUCAACUUUAUAGCUCGACCAAACUCUGAAAACGAUGUAAACAUACAGUAUUUCUGCAUUUUUAAGUUUUCAUACAUAUUCACGCACCCACUUGUAGAGGUAUGGAAUAUUUUGUAACUCUGUGUUGUCAUAUUUAUUCACACACUCUGUUACUCUAAGAUCUCUCAAGUCUAAGAUCUAUAUUCAUACAUGGGAAUCUCUUUUAUCUGUUUUUUCUCCCAGCUUAUCGAGUGCAGAGACGACGCUUCUCGACAGGAGGGGAUGAAGAGAGUUGGAGUCACGGUCUUCAAAGAGUAAGAGCUUCAUUAUUUUUCUUUCCACCCUCCUUCAACAUCUGGUUGAAUACAGCUACUUACAUAGAAACAACCAUAAAUAAAGCACUUCUCAUGGUGUGGUGCUUCACUCCGCCCGCCUUUGUAUUUAUUUGUUUGCUCCUCUGUCUUGCUAUCACUGUACAUUCAAUUAUCAGUUUUCCCUCACGACCCACUCCCUUCUGCCUCUCUCCUCACUCCCGCUCAGAUUGGGAGUGGCAUCGGGAGGAUGAUCCUAAAGGAAGAGAUGAAAGCCAGAUCUGGUUCCUAUGACAACGACCCCUGGGGCAGCACAAGGAAUUCUCGUAGUGGGAGCAAAGAAACACUCAACACUACAGGCUAUGGCACCACAGCGUACAACAACACCGUCAACGGCUGUAAGAAACCUCCCUGCCCCCUAUGCAAUCUCCCUCUUCGUCUAUUAUUCUAAUAGCACACCAGCAGACAUUUUUGCUCCCAGUGCAAUCAUAUGUUGGUUAUUUAUUGGCCUCAAUAUCUGCUGUCAUCUGGGUUUAGGGAAAGGGCAGAGAGGUUGUGGAUGCAGGUCAGGAAAGGUCACGGCUGCUGCAGGCGAGGCAGUUUAUUGAGAUGUAAAGAUGCUAAGAUAGCUCAGCAGCUGCAGCAGAACCGGUCAUAGGCCCGUAAAGCAGCAGAUGUGGCCUGUCAGUGCUGGGGCAUAUCUGAUCACACUGAAUCUAAACUGGAUGUGCAGACAUGCCAAAUGUGAUAAAACUGGAUCUGAAGCUGUCAACGAUGUUUCACUUGUCAUGCAUUACUUUUACACACUAGGCUGUCUUCAUUAUGAUCCAGUUAUUUCCUCUACUCAUCACUCCAUCUCUUUUACAAUCUUCCAUUUCAAUCUGCAUCCUCUCUCCUUCUCUGUCUCCUAAUAACCCUCCCUUUUCCCUACACUGUUAACUCUCCAUGCCUCUGUCUUUCCAUCCAUCUAUCUCUGUGUAUCUAUCUCGUUCUCUUGCUCACACAGCUGGUGUCCCAUAUCCUGGUUUAUUUAUGAGCAGUAAGAUCUCUCAUUAAAGCUGUUUCUCUGAUGGGAGGGGACAAAACUCAACACAACUCUGUUGGCUGUGGUUGAAAAGCAAAAUCAGCUUGUAUGAACCAAGCUGUGUGGUGUGAUUGGAUGUUGAAUCCUUCAGCGUGUCUUUGUAUUUUGUUUUUAUUUUUUUUUAAUUCCCCCUCUCUUUUCUUCCUCUAACCAGUCCUGCCUGGCCUCUUUCUGCCUUCUUGCCCCUUUGAUGUUUUGUGGGCUUCCCAGGGCUUGAUGGGCUCCCAACUCACUCCUUUUCAGUGUCUCGUUACGCCUCUAACAAGACAGAUGGCUGUCACAUCUCUGCUGUGAUUCUCCCUGAAUGCUUUUCUAGGAGUUUAAUCAAAAUUCAAAGCAGACCAGAUUAAAAGCACUGUGGCAUAUUUGGUUUUCAAAAUUAAUAACAUGCAAUUGAAUAAUAUUGUGCUUAUUUUGCAGCUCCCAGAUCUCAAUACAGUGCUGAUAGUGGUGAGUUUCAUGAUUAAUACAUACUCUCAAAUUAUCCAGGUUCAGUGCUGACCCCCUUAUUUUACAGUUGAGUCCAGUUUAUUUGAUGGCUGUUAUUUUUAUUUAACAUUAUAAGUGGGGUUUUCAUUGGAGCUGGAACUUUGUUUUUUUGUUGGUGUUUGGCGCCAUCUUCUGGCAAUAAGUUGUUAUUGGUUGCAAAACUCCUAACUUAAUAAAAAUGACUGUAUACUGAAAAAAACGUUGACCAACAAGUGCUCAAACCUCUCUCUUUUUUUUCAGAUUUUGUAUGUAAGUCAUCCUCACUGCCUGGAUAUGGACGCAAUGGUAUUCAGAGGGUGAGAUUACAACUCAAAAUACAUAAUCUGCUGUAAUUAAUAAACAUAUUUGCACUUCAAGACUCAAGAAUUACGUAUUUUCAAGGCUCUUUAGUGCAAAUCAGGUUCCAGGCUUUUAACAGGACCUGAUAAUGUCUAAGUUACUGUCUCUCUCUACACCUGCAGCCCCAGAGUGCUGAUUGCUACCAGUACCAGUACGACAGUAGCAGCGAGGUCAACUGGGGAAGCAGAGGUAAUUAAGUAUGGAUUUAACACACACAGCCCUUAUUAGAUUGAAGCAAUUUAUUCAGUGUUUUUACCUCUGUACUGAUUUAAUUUUCUUUUUUGUUCCCCCCCAGCGGAGUACACGGUAAGAUUUUAAAAUAAUCACCUGAAUUAUUUAUCACAUGCGAGAAGGUUGGUGUGAAUAAUCCCAUUGUUUCUGUAACGAAGUGAAUGUGCUUUAAUAAAGCGCCCCACCUUCUUUUCAGGUGUAUCCAUAUGAAGCGCUCAUUGUCACCACUAGAGGUCGCAACAGGCUGCCCAAAGAUGUAGACAGAGCCAGACUGGAGGUACAUGUAGAUAUAAAUGAGGCUUGGGGUUGAAUGUGUAGGGGGAGAAGUUGCUGCUAAGAUGCCUUCUUUUUGAACUGAAUCACAUCCACAUAGAACUGAAAAGUUGUCUCUAACUUAUCUUUAUAUAUAAUAUUUAAGAAAAACUGUUUAAUUUUGGUUUCUGUAUGUUUUAUGAUCAGAGGACGAGGCAUAAGUUUGAGUGUUUUAUUCGGGGAAUGCUGCACCAUCCUACAAAACACCAUGUGUGAUGCUUGAUCUCUCCUCUUUUUCUCUCUCUUUCUUGUCUUUGUGUCCUCAGCGUCACUUGUCCCCAGAGGAGUUUGUCCAAGUGUUCGGUAUGACCGUAGAGGAUUUUGACCGGCUAGCCCUGUGGAAGAGAAACGAGUUGAAAAAACAGGCCCGUCUGUUUUAGUGACAUAUGGACAACUGUUAAAUACUGCCAUAUCAAGAGCAAGAGACUUUACUGACUGUAAGAGGGAAGAGUUUCACUGCCAUGGCUGAGAACCUGUUCUUUAUCUCCUUUAAUGACGAACCAAAUCCUGGUCACCCCGGUGUGGAUUCCUGAGGCUGCAGAGACAUUAUGCACAGAUAUUAUGGACUGAUAAACUGUCACAUAGUUGCAGGUGCAAUUGUGACUGUGUGCUUAAGCGACGUGUAAGCAAUAGAGACGGCGGUGCUGUGCUUUUCUUAAGCAGGUAGUAUGGAGGACAGUAUGUCUAUGCCCCUAUAAGGCCACAUAAUGGGACGUGUGUGACCAGAGCCACAGUACUAAACCAUUAAGAGGAGAUUUUUGGCUUUGCCUUAUUUGUUAUGCUCUCUUAGUUAUGAGUGUGCAGCACCAGCAAUCUGAAUGAGUAGAAUGUAGUUACAGUAUAUAAUUUAUGACACUUUACUGGUGUGAAUGGUUAGAUGGGAAGAAUGGGUAAAUGAGCAUACAGCAUCAUUUCGCUUUGGUUUAUAAGGUUGGGCUUUGUUUACCUGUUUUUGCUCUUUCACAUAGUAGAUUACUGGGUCCCUCUGGUUUACACCAAUCAAUGCAUAAUGAAACAAGAGACAAUUUGAAGUGGGCAUGGCUUUUUCAGUUGUAUGCGUGACCUUUAUUGAUUUGUGUGCGAGUAAAAAAACCAAAGUGAGGAUGCAAAUGAACAGAAUUAGCAGAUCACCUCCAUGUAAUGUUCUGGGUAAAUAUGUUAAGGUCACUAUUAGAUUACAGUUCACUGUGCAGCUGUAGGGUUACCUCGAAGAAUGUGCAAUUCAGUAGAUGAAAUAGAUUAAAGAAACACAAAUAAGUCCUCCAGCUCCAUAUUUUCCAGCUCAUUGCAAUAGAAUGACAACUAAAUGUUUUAAGAUAUGGACUUCAGUCAUCCGUAAAUUUAUUGCGUUCACUUUUAUUUAAAUUCUUUGAUGAUAACCCAAUAGUUUUGUAGCUUCAGAGAUUAUAUUCACUCACAAUGAAAUGUUCUGCAAGUUAUUUAACACACUGACCAAGAUCCAGGGUUGUUGAAGACUUCUUUUGAAUACUGUUAUUUUUGAUUUUGUCACUAAAAUAAAACUUGAAAUAAG